CCAAGUUUCUGCAAGCAACUUCAUAUGUGUUUCCAGAUCAAAUGACUUUGCCUACCAAAGUGGAAUAUUCAACUCAUCAAACCCAAGUUGUCAGCACUAGCAUGCCUCAACCUUCCAAAGACAUGGACUACAGUCAUAGCCUUGAGCAAAUGAAUGGGGGUAUCUUCAAACCAGUAGAACCCCCAAAACGGUCAACUGGCAGACUAAUUAUGCACAGCAUGGCUAUGUUUGGAAGAGAGUUUUGUUAUGCAGUGGAGGCCGCAUUUGUGACUCCUGUUUUACUAAGUGUGGGCUUGCCCAAGAGUUUAUACAGCCUUGUUUGGUUCAUCAGUCCCAUCUUGGGUUUUGUUCUCCAGCCAGUGGUAGGAUCUGCCAGUGACUACUGUCGAUCACACUGGGGGAGGCGUAGGCCAUACAUUCUGUUUUUUGGAAUCUUGAUGGUACUAGGCAUGACGCUCUACCUCAAUGGAGACACAGCUGUGACCGGUAAGGAAAUGUAAUAGUUUUUUAUAUUUGUUGUUGUUUUGGUUUUACACUUCUGUUAAGCAUAUUGUUGCAUUGAAAUUAACUGCUCUAUAGUGAAUUGUAUUGACCAAUUAAAGGAAUAGUUCAAGCAUCAUAACCACUACAGCUCUCUGUAGUGGUUAUGGUACCAGGAGUACUCUUGUGUCCUCAAAUGGCAAGUACCCAGAAGCUACAGCAGGUAUAUUGUUGGCUUCAAUGAGCUAAGCCCAGCAGUGCAGGAACGAGACUUUACUGAGAGCUUCAGCUGAGUGCUCUCAGCCAAGUUUUGUCUUCCUGCACCCUGGUGGAAAGUUGUUAAAUCGUUUUUCUACUUGGGAGGACAGUAUACCUGGUUCCAUCAGGGUGUAGGGAGACACUGACUGAGAGCACUCAGUUGAUGCUCUCAGCAGUGUGCUGGGCUUAGCUCAGGGGAGCUAAGUUUCUGGCUCUCCUGGAGGCUGUGACUGAUGCUUAACUCAUCCAAGUUUUUGAACCAUUUGACUACAUAACCUGGGAUGGUGCCAGUGCUCUCUGCAUGCUGUAGUGGUUAUGGUGCAUGGCAUUUUUAGACCAUUCAAAACUAGAAUAACAGCAAAUACAUAAAAGCAUCCCCAUCUUACGCUUUUCACAUCUGCAUCCCUAGGAAAAUGUGAGAUGAGGUCACUGAAGAUAUGGGUUACCAAAAUUGUCAUGUGAAUAAGACUUCUCCUGUCUUUUGCAUUGUUUGAUCAUUAGCAUGUUUCGGACUGCUGGUUUAAUUUUGCCAUGCAGAUCUUGUGAUUUAGACCAUUUUAUAAAAUUUUGUAGUAUUUGUCAAGGUGAAAUGGAUUUGAAGUGGAUAUGCUUAUUCUGAGAAACUUGUAAAAGUUGCAUCCAGCAGGGCAGAAAUUAUUUCAACAAACUAUAUAUAUUUUUUCUAGAACUAACCCAAAAGAAAUGGAGAAGAGUUGUUGUUGUUGUUGUUGUAUGCAUACAUUCCCAAAUGUAUUCCAAGGUUUAAAAUGAAUAUAAGUAGACCAAGAUUUAAAUUGUAUUUUUAUUUCUAGUCACAUAUGUUGUAGCAGCACAGGUUCUAUUCAGGGAAGUGGAGGCUGGUUCAUGGUGUCUGGUGGGAAAUUGUAUUGACCUCAUUUCCAGAGUUUUGUUGGGGGGGGAUAGAAAGUGUUGGACAAAAUCAUGUUGCAUCUGGCAUGACUAGUUCUGGAGUUUAUUCCCCCCUUUUUAUUGAUGGUAGAAGAUGGUGCUGAUGGGCUUAGCAACUAAUUGUACCAAGAUUCUGUGAUUAUUAUUUUUUUUUUAAUAUUUAUUUAUUAUUAUUAUUAAAUGUCCCAUUCUCUGUGUAUAUAGGCCCCACAGAUUGGUUUAAUCUGUUCUAACAUGAUUAAUGAUAUCCAUUGUUUUUGCAUUGGACUGUUGGAUACUUUUUGUAUUUUCCUUUUAUUUGUGUGUCAUCAGGUGCUGAGUUGUAUCUCCUUAAAGUAGUUGGACUUCUCAUUGAUUCAGAUGUACCUGCUACCACCAAUUAAAAGACAAACUGCUAAAAGGUGCACUACAAUUUUUUUUGGUUUCCAUGGUUCUUUAUUCAGGAAUCAGUAUUUGCCCCAGAAUAAGAUCUGUUUUGCCUUCAUUAAAUAGUCUAUAAUCCGUGGCUAACAUAUUACAUGUUCAGAUAAAUAUCAAUGCUUGUGUUUGUUUCCCCCUUUUAUGCUUUUACUGGCAAUGCCAAGACAUGCAAUGUAAAUUAUGGCAUAUGAGGGGGGCUGUAAGAGUGUGUGCUUCUGAAGGAAUGCCGGAACACUUUCAUAUACCCUAAUAGGUAAUGAUACUGCCAGCACAUGGGGGCACUGCAUGGAUAACUGUGCUUUCUAUUUAAAGAAAACAAAAAAAGUACAAAAAAUACUGAUUUUUCACUCUUGUGUUGAGAAUCAAUGUAUCGCCUGGAAAUAAGAGUAGUUGCUGUGAUCUUUAUGCAAUGUAAAAGUUCUUACAGCUAAGUGGAUAUAGAGUAUAAAUGAGAUCUAGUGGAGAAAUAAACCUAAUACAAUUUAUCCUUUUUGCUUCUAAGUCUAGCUAAAUUAAAAGGGAGAGAGGCUAUUUAAUAUUACUGCCAGUUUCUUUUUUUAUUGCUGGCAUUAGAUUUUCUAUCUCUCCUUUCCGCUACAGACUCUGCUAGCGUCUUGAUUCACUGGGUAUCCAGUAGGAUACAACUGUAUACAGUUUUACUACUUACCUAGAUAUAUGCAUGGGCGUCCGCAGGAAUUUUUCCGGGAGGGGGGGAAUUUGUAAUGACAUCCAUGCUUGGUCCCUUUUUGACAGUGUCAUGAAAGGGAAGGGGCAUAGUCAUUAUUGCAUAAAGCCCGGGUUACUAGCAUUUUCACAACUAUGGUGUCAGGAAUAUGUUUAGGCAUAGGGGAGGGGGUACAGCCUAUAGAUCAGGGAAGUGAGGCAUGGGGGUUUUACUUUUUUAUGAAUGGGGAGCUACUGAUUGGCUUUGAGUGCCAGCUGACCGUUCUAGCAAAUCAGCGGCAAUCUGUGCUUCCUGACACUCCGUAAAUAAAAGUACCAAAGCCUUCUGAUGUAGUGUCCAGAAUAAAGUGGAGGGUUCACUUCACUUGUCCUUCCUGCUCAAAUCUCCUUUUCUUCUCCUUCAUUUGACACUGUCUUCUCUCCUCCGUGGCUCCUUCACCUUUCUGCUUAUUGUGCUCCCCCUUCUGCUUCUUUCUCUUUCUGGUCCCUUUCUGCUCCUUGCAGACCCUUUCUGCUCCUUCUCCUACUUUUACCUUUCUGCUCCUUGCUGCCCUUUUUAUUUUAUUUUUUAUUUUUUCUGCUCCUUCUCCUACUUUACCUUUCUGCUCUUUGCAGACCCUUUCUACUAGUUUGUGCUCCUUCUGUCUUUUCCUGCUCCUUCUACAUUACCUUUGUGCUGCUGACCCUUCCUGCCUUUUCCUGCUCCUUGCUGACCCUUCCGGCUCAUACUUGACCUUUUCUGAUUCUUGAUGUCCCUUUCUGCUCAUUUCUGUUCCUUCUCUUACUUAACCUACCUGCUCCUUGCUGACCCUAACUGUAGGCUGCCUCUCUCCCAUCCCUUACUUACCUGAUCUAUAGGCUGUCUCCACCCCCCUAUCCCUCACUUACCUGAUCUGCAGGUGGAUCCAAUCAUCUCUAACUUCCCUGAUCUAUAGGCUGUCCCCCCAUGCCUCACUUCCCUGAUCUAUAGGUUGUCCUUCCUCCCCUAUGCCUCACUUCCCUGAUCUAUAGGCUGUCCUCCCCUCCCCUAUGCCUCACUUCCCUGAUCUAUAGGCUGGCCUCCCCUCCCCUAUGCCUCACUUCCCUGAUCUAUAGGCUGUCCACCCCUCCCCUAUGCCUCACUUCCCUGACCUAUAGGCUGUCCACCCCUCCCCUAUGCCUCACUUCCCUGACCUAUAGGCUGUCCACCCCUCCCCUAUGCCUCACUUCCCUGAUCUAUAGGCUGUCCUCCCCUCCCCUAUGCCUCACUUCCCUGAUCUAUAGGCUGUCCUCCCCUCCCCUAUGCCUCACUUCCCUGAUCUAUAGGCUGUCCUCCCCUAUGCCUCACUUCCCUGAUCUAUAGGCUGUCCACCCCUCCCCUAUGCCUCACUUCCCUGAUCUAUAGGCUGCCCUCCCCUCCCCUAUGCCUCACUUCCCUGACCUAUAGGCUGUCCCCCAUUAUUCCUCACUUCCCUGAUCUAUAGGCUGUCCCCCAUCCCCUAUGCCUCACUUCCCUGAUCUAUAGGCUGUCCCCCCAUUACUCACUUCCCUGAUCUAUAGGCUCUCCCCCUCCCCCUAUGCCUCACUUCCCUGAUGUAUAGGCUAUCCUCCCUCCCCUAUGCCUCAGUUUCCUGAUCUAUAGGCUGUCCCCGUUUAUGCCUCACUUCCCUGAUCCCAAAAAUUUUGGGGGAAGAGGAUACUACUCCACAUCCUAUGCUAUUAGUUUCUAACGGAAAGAAAUACUAUCCUGCUCUUCAUAUUUACAAGAUAUGUUUUUACCGGGAGAUAUCUUUUUACUACAUAUCAGCCUAUACUGUAUGUAUGGUCUAGGAGAGUUCACCUAUAUUGAGAGCCAUAUUUAAUAAAGCUAUAAUUUUACAUUUAAACUCUGCCUAGAUACAGCAAUUUUGAGCUGAUAUAUAAGUCUAUGAACAGAGAGCACUCAGAGGACUUUGUAGUAAGGUGAAAUAAACCUAGCUUUUAUUCAGCAAAUGCCACAGUGGAUCAACGUUUCAGUUCUGUAUCAGAACUUUCGUCAGGAUAAGGGUUGCAGACACAUUAACCAGUAUUAAAUAACAUAAUUAUUUGGUACAAUAUAUACAUGUGGUACUUACCCUUUGCCCCAAGUGACUGCCCUGGCUGUUCGCUAGAAUUUGCGGGUAAACUUGACCCGGUAUUGUAUUUCCCUGACGUUGUCAAGAUUGCUGCUGAAGUCUGUGUGUUCCAGUGGUUGUGUGAAAAUCGGCUGGAACGCAAGGGGGCGUGUAUUGUUGCAUAGGGGUAGUCAUGGCAACCCAUUGAGACUGCUUGUGCCUGUGAUUGCUCUCGAGUAUCUAAUGGUGCAAAGGGUUCCAAUCCCCAGCUCGGAGGUAGAUCAGCAUUUUAGAAACCACAGCAUAACAAUUUUGGGUGUUGGCAAUAACAGCAUAUACUAAAAUAAAGCAAAUAAGGAAUGAUUCUAUCAGACGGUCUCUGCUUAGAUAUAUACUUGAACUUUUGUUGCUAGGAAUAUUAUCUCUAGAGAGAAGUUCCUGGAUAUAUGGGCUACUGUGUUCUGACGAAAGUUCUGAUACAGAACUGAAACGUUGAUCCACUGGGGCAUUUGCUGAAUAAAAGCAAAGUUUCUUUCACCUUACUUCAAAGUCCUCUGGGUACUAUCUGUUCUUAGAGUGUUGUAACUUUGCUGACAAGCACCGGGCUCAUACUAUCCUUAUUACUGGAGUGCAAGCAUUGGAGAUAAAUAUUAUAUAAUUUUUUUUUUUUUUCACUAGAUCUCAUUUAUUAGCCUCUGUUUGUUUGUUCUAUUUAAAGAAACACUAUAGCGUUAUACAAAACUGUAUUCCUAACACUACUGUAUGCCCUUGUCCCUUUAGGUCUGCCCCCAAUGCGCUUGAAAGAGUUAAAAACCUUUUUAACACUUGCCUUAAUUCCAGCACAUUGGUCCCUCGGCACUGGAUCCAUCUACACUUGGCACAAAGCCGACAGAGGUUGUCUUAAACCUGCAAUGUAAACAUUGCAGUUUAUCUGCAACUAUAAUGUUUUCACUUGCAGGGUUAAUAAUUCUAUAUCGGUAAUUUUUUUAUUUUAUUUUUUGUCUAUUUCCACAGUUCAAUCACAGCAGCAGGCAAGUUAGGUUGAGCAGCAGUUGGUCAGCUAUCAGUGGAGUCUGACCCAAAAGUGCUCACAUUUGUCCUUUUUUCAACUGUAUUGUACUCAUUCUUCAAAAAACAUUUAUGUGGGUGAAUGAUGGAGAUUUGACUACAGUUCCUUUUUAACAGAGGUAAAAGGUUUCUAAUAGAAUGGGAGGGGGUAAUUGCAGGUUUGGAUUAUUGUGCUCAGUUGAUUAAUAGCCGUUGCUGUGUGCCAGUUCACCUCUAAAUGUCCAGCUAUUUAUACAUGUCCUUAUUGCCAUCCAAACAAGUCUGUAUACCAAAAUGGUAGCUAUGGAUAUUUCUAUGAUUCUCUUCCUCUCAGUGCUAUAGUAGGAGAGGGGGGCUUAAGAGGGCACAGAGUAGGAGGGGGCAAAAGAAUGGCGAGGGGGCUAAAGCAGGUAUGGGAUGGGACAAAAUAAGGGCUCAGGAGGGGAGAGGGCAAAAGAGAGGCGAACAGGGCUAAAAAGGUCACAGGAGGGGAGGGGGCAAAGGAAUGGCACAGGUGGCUAAAGAGGGCACAUGAGGGAAUGAAUGCUAAAGAGAGCACAGGGGAGGGGGCUAAACGAGGUAAGGUAAGCAAAAGAAGGGCACUGGGAGCGAAGCAAAAGAAGGGCACAGGAGAAGGACAAAAGGAGGGGAGGGGCACUAAAGGAGAGACUGCCGGCCAGCCAGCAACAGUAACUAAGGUAAGAAGAGCCGACUUGGCUCAGAGAGCUAUGUUAUAUUAAUAUAUUGUGAAUGGGGGCCAGAGUGUUGCAUUUUAAAGUUGGAGGGGCGCCAUAUACAGGAUCCGCCCCGGGUGCAAUAUUCUCUAAGUACACCCCUGCUGCCACCAAAAUGGGGCUACUUCUAAAUACACAUCAGGUAGGCUAGACUCAAUGAAUGGAUGGGAGAUUAUAUAUAUAUAUAUAUAUAUAUAUAUAUAUAUAUAUAUAUAUAUAUAUAUAUAUAUAUAUAUAUAUAUAUAUAUAUAAAAUUUUUUUUUUUUUUUUUAUUUUUUUUUAAUGUUCUGUUCUAGCUACCCUAGUACUACAACUUUCAAUAUGAAACCUUUAAUCAUUGCUACUCUCACUGGCAGCUAAUAGUUAACACAUUCAAGCAAAUCAAGAUCAUGGCAAUCUCUAAGGAUUGUAUAUGCACAUUUGUAAGAGAAGGCUAAACUAUGUAAAUGUCUCAUGUUUCACAGAGCGACCAAGUCAAGCUGAAUAGUAAUAAAAAUGAAAACGGUUGUCAUACACCCAUUGGUGUGAGAUGAAAAUCUCAGGUUAUUGAUUAUUUUUAAAACACCCACUCGCUCAAUACUACACCAAAUGACUUUCCUGUGUUGAGCUGGCACAUGUGACAAAAAUCCUUUGCGUAAACUUACAGAAACAAAAACUAUUGGCAGGAGAACACUGCAUUUAAAGAGACUGUAUCAAAUGUAUAGCUUAACAGAUUAGAUACAUUUACUCAAAUCAGUUAUUUUUUAUUUAUUUUUAAAACAUACCUCUUUUCCAAAUAUUAUCAUUUAAUGAAGGCACAGUCAUUGAUAUGAUGUGGUACCCUGCAUGUGUAAAGGUAAGAAAAGUGCUUUUGCACAGCAUCCUUAUCAUAAUAAUAAUUAAUAAAAAGUCCCCUAAUAUAUUUAAGGUUGAAAACCAGCUUAUUGUUGAUAACCUCAUAUUUAAAAUAUCUGGGAGUGCUGAUUCCUAAGAAUCUGUCCACUCUGCAUCAUUUGAAAAUGACCCUGAUUCUGGCCAAGGUAAAUAAUCUCUGCUCUCGAUGGGCACACCUACCACUUUCCCAUUCUGGCAGAGAGAGCCCCCUAAAAUCUGUUAUAGUUCCUAAACUUAUUUAUCACUUACAGACCAUGCCCCUGCUUCUGUCAUGCUGUGAUAAGAAAAGUCUCAACAGCCCUUUUUUUCCCAAAUAUUUUUAUUUUUUUGCAACAGAAAUACCCAAGGAUUGCUUUGCACAAACUAGCACAACCCAGAUUCAAUCUGGAUCUUAAUAUUACAAAUCUAAAACUAUGUAAUCUAUCUGCACAUUAUCACUAUCCUUUAAAAUUGGAUGAGAGGACCAGGAUAACUUACAGUGGUACCUUUUGGAAACACAACUUUGCCCUAACGCAGCCAUCCCUCAAUUACUAUGCACUCCUUGCACUUCCCUUCCAGAGUUAGCACGGGAUAACUCUCUAUUAGCAUCCACUAUGAAACCGUGGAAGUUUGAGAGAGCUUCCAGGGCUGCAAUGGCAAUAUACCAGAUUUACCUCCCUUUUAUGUAACCCGCUCUUUCAGGACUGGAUGGGAAAAUAUCCUUACUGUUCCAUGAGAGCCUGCAGGCCGUUCUAGAAUACACAAUUUAUUGGAUGACAAUAAUAAGUAGAUUCUUACCUUCCAUCAACUUAAACUUACAUUUCCUGGCCUCGAUGUUCUGUUCUUUGUAUAUCUCCAGAUGCAUAGCCUGCUUAACACUUCCACAUUUCAGUUCUGCAGAUCCAAUCAAUCGAUUAUUUGGUUACACAGCCUGACAUUCCUUCAUAUUCAAUUUGUUUCCCUCUACUUCCUGAUCCAGCAUCGUCUAGAUCAGUGCUCCUUUACCCUCUCCUCAAGGCACACCUAACAGGAUUUAGGGAUUACCCAGGUGUGUCUAAGGUGUUUAGAUUAUUCAGUAACACAAUUAGUUUUUGUCACAUAUUCAUCCGCUUAUAGAAAUGUGGUUAAUGACAUUUACUGUCCACACAGGAAAAGUUGUGCCGAGCAGCAACCUAAUCCACAGAAGGGUUAAUGCUGAGCAGCAAUUAUGCAAAUGAAACCUGGUAACUGACUUUGGGGUCAAAGGCCGGUUACAGCCUAUCAGAUCUAGAGGAGGGGUAUUUAGGCCCAGUUCUCAGCCUGCUCAGUGCCCUGUCGUGGUUUCCCUUGUGGUUGUCCGAGAGCGCGUUCCUGUUUAUAGUUUUCUACCUGGUUUUUUGACUUUGGCUUUGUUUAUUGACUUCUCUAUAUUCUGGUAUCCUGACUCCUGGCUUUUCUCAUCGCUGUGUCCCUUUCUGUGUUCCCUGACCUCAGCUAGUAUUUUUGACUAUUCUUUGUACGUUAAAUCCGGCCAUUCUAAGGACCGGUAAUACGUUACUUAUUUGUCAUCCGUGCUGUACAGUUCUACGUGCUGGAUCAAACAGUAAUCCUGACAUUACAACAUGGCCAUAGGUCCUGUAGAACUGUGUCAGCACAUAGCUGCUUGCGAGAGGAAAUUAGAGGAGAAUGAUCACCGCAUGGAUCAAUUCACUCAGGCUUUAAGUACGCUUCUCGCCUGCAGUGUCUCCUCCUAUAGCACCUCUACCCUGUGUACCUCCACCCACUGAUAAUAGGACUCCUUGCAUCUCCUUAUCACCAUCCCUACAGUUUGAUGGCAAUAUCCAGGAAUGCAGGGGUUUUCUUAAUCAGGUGGAGUACCAUUUUGAGGCCUCACCAGGGUCAUUCCCCACGGACAGAGCAAGAAUUGGUUAUCUAAUGAAUCAAUUAAAGGGCAAGGCCCUUGCCUGGGCUAAUCCGUUGUGGGAGAGUAAUCGGAGCAUAGCUCAUAAUUACCAGGAAUUCCUUGCCGAAUUCAAGCUCACGUUUGAGCCAUUGGGUAGAGAGGAUGACGCCUCCACUGCCCUAAUGCACAUCAGACAAGGUAACCGGUCUAUCUCGGAUUAUGCUAUUGAAUUCCGUACCUUAGCUUCCGAGGUAGACUGGACUAACAAUGGGUUAAUCUCAGCAUUCAAAAAGGGUCUCUCAGAGACUAUACUAGAUGAGAUAGCCGCUAAAGAAUUACCUAAGAGUCUUAACGAAUUUAUUACGUUUGUCAUGCAUAUUGAUAAUAGGUUAAGACUCAGAGAAGUCACCAGAAGCAAGACCAGACGUACGGCUAUGUCCCUAGCACCUCAAUUCUCUAAACCUGUUUUGUCUAACCUCCCUGUACAGUCCGAACCCGAACCUAUGCAGUUGGGGGUCACUAGACUGUCAGAGGCCGAAAAACAGUAUAGGAGAAGGGAGGGGUUAUGCCUAUAUUGCGGUAGAAAGGGACAUAUGAUAACUAAUUGUCCAGUGCGUCCGGAAAACUUCCGCACCUAAGAACCUUAAGGGGACAGAUCUUAGGUGUGAUGGAGUUGUCCUCUAACAAAAACAAAAGUAGAUUCCUCCUUGAGGUAUCUAUUUCCCUUGAUAACAAGAAGUUUUCUUGCAGUGCCCUAAUGGACUCAGGUGCUGCUGGAAAUUUUAUUGAUGUCCAGUUUAUUAGGGGUAAUGAGAUACCGGUCAGGGAGAGACCUACGCCGCUAGCUGUAGAGGCUAUUGAUGGUAGACCACUCACACAACCGCUUAUAACCCACGAAACUGUCCCUAUUACGAUCUCCAUUGGGGCCUCCCAUAGGGAGGAGAUGACGUUUCAGGUUAUUACUUCUCCAUCAUGUCCUAUCAUAUUAGGGUUUCCGUGGCUGAGUAAGCACAAUCCCUAUAUUGACUGGGCUAAUGGGGAGAUAUUAGAAUGGGGUAAAGAGUGUAUGGGGAGAUGUAUAAAACCAGUACUAAAGAGAUUGGAUACUAUUGACCUUCCCACUACCACUCCCCAAACUCCUGGAGUUCCCAUACAAUACCGAGAACUUCAGGAGGUGUUUAACAAGGCUCAAUCUGAUGUAUUGCCUCCCCACAGAGCAUAUGAUUGUGCCAUUAACCUGUUUCCAGGCGCUAUGCCACCUAAGGGGGCAGUUUAUGCCUUAUCUCCCCAGGAGAGUAAAAUAAUGGAGGAAUACAUCAAAGAAUCCUUGAGCAAAGGGCACAUAAGAAAGUCAUCCUCACCAGCUGGUGCAGGAUUCUUUUUUGUUGAGAAAAAGGGUGGUGAGUUACGCCCUUGCAUAGACUACAGGGCACUUAAUAAAAUCACUGUAAAAAAUGCAUACCCUAUUCCACUCAUUUCCGAAUUGUUCGAUAGACUUCAGGGAGCUAAAGUAUUUACUAAGCUUGACCUUAGGAGCGCUUACAAUUUGGUUAGAAUUAAAGAGAAUCAUGAGUGGAAGACGGCAUUUAAUACCCGUAGUGGACACUAUGAAUAUCUGGUAAUGCCAUUUGGGUUAUGCAACGCCCCGGCCAUAUUCCAAGACUUUAUAAAUGAUGUACUCAGGGAAUUCAUUUACUCAUUUGUUUUGGUUUAUUUGGACGAUAUUUUGGUGUAUUCCCCUGAUCUUCAAACUCACCACUCCCAUGUGAAACAGGUUCUGCAGACGUUGUUGAAAAAUAAACUUUAUUGUAAAUUAGAAAAGUGCAUAUUUGACCAGCCUGAAGUCCACUUUUUGGGUUACAACAUCUCUGCAUCGGGAUUUCAAAUGGAUCCUAUAAAACUAGAGGCUGUACUACACUGGCCAUUACCCUCUGGUUUAAAAGCCAUUCAAAGGUUUAUUGGUUUUGCCAACUAUUACAGAAGAUUCAUCAAGGGAUUUUCUUCUGUAAUAGCCCCAAUCACAAAUAUGACUCGCAAAGGGGUUAGUAGCACGGUAUGGUCCAAAGAGGCUGUGAAUGCUUUUGAGACUCUUAAACAAAGAUUUGCCUCUGCGGACAUACUAAAACAUCCUGACACCAGUAAACCUUUUAUAUUGGAGGUUGAUGCAUCCGAGACAGGGGUAGGGGCUGUUCUCUCUCAGAGAGAAAGCCAGGGAACACCAUUGCAUCCUUGUGGCUACUUCUCCAGAAAGAUGUCUCCUGCUGAGCGCAACUAUGAUAUUGGCAAUAGAGAACUGUUGGCCAUUAUUCUUGCCCUCAAGGAGUGGCGACAUCUUUUGGAGGGUUCCAAGGACCCCCUGUUGAUCAUAACCGACCACAAAAAUCUGGCAUAUAUAGGGGAUGCCAAACGUUUGUCUUCCAGACAGGCUAGAUGGUCACUGUUCCUUUCACGUUUUAACUUUCUCAUUACUUAUAGACCUGGUUCUAAAAAUACCAAGGCUGAUGCCUUGUCCAGGCAAUUUGAUAAUGAGUCAGCUCCGGAACAGAUGACAUCUCCUAUUAUUCCAGCAGAGUGUAUUAUUGCUACUACUGUCCUCUCACUGUCUUCUCCACUGCUUGGCACCAUACUGGAGGCCCAGCCUCAGGCGCCCAGUGGUAAACCGUGUGAUAAACUGUUCGUUCCCCUAUGUGAAAGGGUUAAUAUCAUGAAAGUGUUCCAUGACAAUAUAACUGCUGGACACCCGGGCAUCAAUAAGUCCACUGCCGCGAUCACUAGAUCAUUUUGGUGGGAUUCACUCAGGAAAGAUGUAAAGGAGUAUGUGCAGGCAUGUUCUGUGUGUGCAGUUUCUAAGGUGACUCAUGCACUUCCUUGUGGCCUGUUGCAGCCUCUUCCUGUUCCUGAGAUUCCAUGGUCGCACCUAUCCAUGAACUUUAUUGUUGAGCUUCCUAUCUCUGCUGGGUUCACUACUAUUCUCAUGGUUGUAGACCGAUUUUCUAAGAUGGCUCACUUCAUUCCUCUCAAGAAGUUGCCAUCUUUGCAAGAUUUGGUCCUAAUUUUCAUACGUGAAAUUGUCCGUUUGCAUGGCAUCCCCCACAACAUUGUCUGAUAGGGGCUCUCAGUUUGUGACCAGGUUCUGGAGGGCGUUCAGUAAACAAUUGGGGAUUGAUCUCUCCUUCUCCUCCUCCUACCAUCCACAGACCAAUGGUACAGCUGAGAGGGCUAACCAGUCAUUAGAAGUUUAUUUGCGUUGUUUUAUUAAUAGCACACAAGACAAUUGGUCUGAACUACUCCCGUGGGCCGAGUUCGCUAGAAACCAUGCUGUUCAUGACUCCUCUGGGCACAGUCCAUUUUCUGUCAAUAAUGGUAGGCAUCCUACGGUUCUCCCUGCGGUAUUUUCUGAUACUGCCAUUCCUGCUCUGGAUGAGCGUCUGGCCUCCAUUCGGGAUACCUGGGUUAAGGUUCAAACUGCUCUAGGGGCUGCUGCUGAACGCUUCAAACAUUUUGCUGAUAAGCGUAGAAGUGCCAACUCUGUGUACCAAGUGGGGGACCGGGUUUGGUUGUCAUCUCGCAACAUCAAGCUUAAGGUCCCUAGCAUGAAGUUUUCCCCCAGAUUCCUUGGUCCCUAUAGAGUGCUUUGUAGGAUCAAUCUAGUGUCUUACUCUCUGGCUCUUCCUGCAUCUUUAGGGAUUCCCAACACUUUUCAUGUGUCCUUACUCAAACCUCUUGUCUGCAAUAGAUAUACUGUUCCUUGUGUUCCUCCCCCUCCGGUGGUGGUGGGUGGUCAGGAAGAGUAUGAGGUAUCUUCUAUCGUGGAUUCUAGGUUUUCUCUGGGCACUUUACAGUACUUGGUUGUUUGGAAAGGUUACGGUCCUGCUGAUCGUUCUUGGGUUUCGGCUCCUGACCUGCAUGCGGGCCGUAAGAUCCGCGCUUUUCACGCUAAAUUUCCUCUCAAGCCUGGUCCUGUCCGCCCGGUGGGCGUUCUUCAGGUGGGGGGUAAUGUCACAUAUUCAUCCGCUUAUAGAAAUGUGUUAAUGACAUUUACUGUCCACACAGGAAAAGUUGUGCCGAGCAGCAACCUAAUCCACAGAAGGGUUAAUGCUGAGCAGCAAUUAUGCAAAUGAAACCUGGUAACUGACUUUGGGGUCAAAGGCCGGUUACAGCCUAUCAGAACUAAAGGAGGGGUAUUUAGGCCCAGUUCUCAGCCUGCUCAGUGCCCUGUCGUGGUUUCCCUUGUGGUUGUCUGAGAGCGCGUUCCUGUUUAUAGUUUUCUACCUGGUUUUUGACUUUAGCUUUGUUUAUUGACUUCUCUAUAUUCUGGUAUCCUGACUCCUGGCUUUUCUCAUCGCUGUGUCCCUUUCUGUGUUCCCUGACCUCGGCUAGUAUUUUUGACUAUUCUUUGUACGUUAAAUCCGGCCAUUCUAAGGACCGGUAAUACGUUACUUAUUUGUCAUCCGUGCUGUACAGUUCUAUGUGCUGGAUCAAACAGUAAUCCUGACAGUUUUAUCCUGAUGGAUUACACACUUCCUACAUUAACCCCUGAUGUACUCCUAACAACCACUGUUAAGUUGCUUAAAUUACUUCCAGUGACAUCUUACCAGGAGAUGCAUUUUAAAAAUUGUACGUUACACCUACUACUCUCCUCCUAAACCAUUUUAUUUAAAAAUGAGGGACACUGACAAGUAUUUGAAAUGCGUGACUGACUGAGCUGACCUAUAUCAUUGUUUCUGGGAGUAUGUGGAGAUUGUCAUUUUAGAAACAGGUCAAAGAUUACAUAACUGUUAUUGUGAAGACCGUUUAAUGUCCAUCCAUCACUUGUGACAUUGGGGGACCUAACUGAGGACUCUGGGCAUAUUUACAAACUGGCCCAUUUGUUUUAGCUAGGAAAUAUAUACUACAUCAUUGGAUCCUUCCCUCACCCAGUGUCACAGCUUCAUACAAAAGUCUCCUUUUAAUUUUAAAAUGGAUUGGAUUGAAGCUUCAUUACUUUAAGGAAAAAUCUUUUUCUAAGCUGACAACCCUAUUUUGAUUAUUUAGAUAUAUCCCUCCAGUCCAAAAUAAAUUCCACUUUUAAAUUGAUGGAUAUUAGACUGGGCGACUCCUGCCGAGUGUGAGAGCAUUGUUUUUUUUUGUUUAUGCUUUGACUUACUUUAUUUAAUUUUCAUGAUUUUUUUUUUAAAGAAAUGUAUAAAAUGCAAGUUCUUAACUUGUAGUGGGUAUGCUGAAAGUUGUCUGGCCAUCUAAAGGCUCCUCAUCGAGCAGCUGGCUGCAUGCUAAGGAAGAGUAGGCACCUACUUGUCCUGUUUUUUUUUUUUUUUUAUUUACAAUAAAUGCUAAUGGACAAUUUUAAAACAAGAUUAAAAAAACAAAUUAUAUAUAUUAAAUAUAAGUGAACAUCCCAUGACAUAAUUUAUUGAAUAUAAUUAAACCUUUAAAUUUUUUUCAGGGAAUAUUAUUUACAUGCUAAUUGUCUCAACUCCCAAGCAGGCCAAUCCUUCCCCAUGAUCCCAACAAAGUGGUUUAUUGCCAGGUCAUUGGCAUCAAACACCAUGACAUCAUCACUAUGUUCAUGUAUUGCACUAACCAGCUCUAGAGAUGCUUGCCAGAUAGAUUUCACAGCAACUCCAGUGCGUGUACUGUAGUUACUUCAACAGAGCAGGGCACUCCUACCCAGUACCCUGACAUUUAGCUGAGGACAUUGGCUCUAUGCUGAUAAUUGAUGGAAACUUGGGUAGGGAUCAAAUUGUUUAAACCAGUUUUUUUAUUCAAGUGAAUAUCCCUAUCUCUACCUAAGAGCAUUGCUGGGAAGAAAAGUAAUUGGUGAUGAAAAGCAAAAUCCAUUUCAUGUGAAACAAACCCCACUCACCAUAGUUUCACAUAUCCGGGAAAACAACUUUAUGCAGUUCUGGUUUUCUUGCUAAAUGUACACUUAUCUUUUUAUAAUUUUGUUUCUACACAAUUUUUAUUUAUAUAUUUUUUUACAGCUAUCUUUAAGACUGCGCCAGAGAAGAGGACUUGGGCAAUAGUUAUUACUAUGCUUGGAGUAGUGACAUUUGAUUUUGCUGCAGAUUUCAUUGAUGGGCCAAUCAAAGCUUAUUUAUUUGAUGUGUGUUCUCACGAAGACAAAGAAAGGGGUCUUCAUUAUCAUGCUCUUUUCACUGGUAAGUCCUACAUUGGAUGUACUUCAUAAUUGUCUACAUGCUGCUCUUAGAACUUUCUAUAUGCCUUAUUUAGAGUCAGCAUUUUUAUCUUGCACCAGGCCAGAUUCAAUCUCCUUUUAUUUUUUUUAAUUUUUUUUUUCUGAAUCCAUUUCAUAUCUCAAAGUACUUUUCAGUAAUGCUGGUAUUUCUAAUCCUAUCCAUAUCAUGUUGAGUGGAAAUAAGAACUUGUCAUCUGAUCGGGUCACAAGAGAUUCUACUGCAGUGAACUUGUGAUCACAUCAAAUGAAGAGAUCUGAAUGCACUUUUUUUUUUUUAUGAAUACAAAUGGGGGGAGAGGUUUUAAAAUGUGAUCUUUUUAUGUUUUAAAAAAAAGUGUUAUCAGAGAUCAUUACUAAAAUCUCAUUAGUUGUAGGUUAGUAUAAAUUGCAUACAUAGGAUAAGAUUUGUGAUUAAAGAUAUCGAAACUCUUUGAACAUUCUUCUUUUUCAUAAAUGAAAUGCAUCUUCACUUUACCUCUUUUCACCCCUCAUUCCUUCUAAUUUUUUUUAUAUGCCCUGCUUGACUUGUUGCAAUGACAUGUUUGUUAAUCCAUUUUAUUGUGCAGCACUGCAGAGUUUGUUGACUCUUUAUAAAAUACUAUUUACCAAUGUUUUACUAAAAUAACAAUAUGAAGGCGUUGGAUAUCGUGUGUGUGUGUGUGUUUGUUUUUUUUAUUAAAUAAAAUUUUUAUCACUGGACUAAUACGGCUACAAAAUAUCUUUAUCUUGCGCGCUCUCUCGCGCUCUUUUUCUCUUUCUUCCUUGAUCAAAGUGUAAACUCCGGGUGCUUGCAGUCUGGGGGAAAUACAGAUAUCCAAAUAGUAAAGAUGACCAGCACUCACUAUUUUCUUGAAGAUUAAAAGUUGUAGAUUUUAUUAAUACAUGUUAAAAAUGGCAGCUCAACGUUUCAGUCCUCGUCUGGGACUUUCAUCAGUGUUAAACAGCUGGCAACAUUUUUGUGCUAGAUGUAUUGGUUUAUUUAAAAAAACAAAAAAAGUGUUUAAGCAAAAAUGGUUAAUUCAGACAAUUAUAUAUUGUCAGUUUGUGGAUUCAUAUAAAUGUGAAACUCAUAAAUGUGUAGUUUUUUUAUUUUUUUUUUUUUAUUUUUUUUUAGAUCUUAGAUCUCUGAAACAAUUUUCUAGAAUUGUUUUUUAUAAAAAAAAUAAAAUUUUGUUUUUACACUUCUUAAAUAUUAACUGUACUAGUAUUUACUUAUCCUAUUUAGUGUCCUGGGCUUUCUGCUUGGCAAAUGAAAAAUAUUAUGCUUGCAGUGGGGAAAUUAACACAUAAUGUGUUUAGUGAUGCUUUGGUUACAUUUGGCCUCUGGCUAAAGAGAAUCUUUUUUUUUAUUAGAGCUGCAACAUAGCACCAGUCUUCUUAGUACACGAAAUUGCAACCUUAUGAUCUGUGUGCACAGAUGCAGCACAAGGUCACAUCUAUUAUAUUUAAGUAAUUACUGAAUUGUUUUGACUUAAAACUGAAUCGUAUAAAUUUAAGGCAAAAACUGUUUUGAAAAAAAUUUUCAACUGAGCAAUUUAGUCUUAAUAUUGUAAUUCAGUUUAACAUUUUUAUUUCAACACAAUUCAUCUGAUUUACAUUUUUAAUUUAUUUUUUUUAAACUUUUUUUUACCCUCAUUAACGUAUAUUUGUUAAAUAGAAGAUAAGUAAACAUAAAUUAAACCAAAAUCUUGGAAAAGGGGCUAUUCCCAUUUUUAAAGAGGCAUUCUCAGCACCAUAUGACCAUGCUGUAGGACCAUGCUGUAGGACAGUAGUCCUCUGACUGUUCAUACUUUGAGAGAGCCAUUUCUUUUGAUAAAUCCCAAUUUCCCAUAACUCUAAAUUCAUGUAAACAUUUACAGCCUGCAUGAUAAAUUAGGGACAGUUUGUCUACAUGCAGAAUCACAACCCAACUAUUGACUUUUGUGUAGAUAUUAAAAGAUUAGGCGACCUGCUAUUGGGUUUUAAUAUUCUUGUUCAUGGUUAUCGCUAAACAGAUAUAUUUUCUAUGUUACUAAUUUUCUUUAGCUGCAUUACCCUAUUUGUUCAUUAACCUAGUUAGAAAAUUUAAAAAUAGAUAUUCUUUUCUUGACCUUAACCUAGUGUUGGUCUUUUAUUUUUAUAUAUUACAAAGAAGACAUGCACUUUUUUUCACUCUUUGUCAGAAUGAACACGAAGCUACAGCUGGUUCUUUUGUAAUGGUGUGUCACCAUAACAAAACCAAGACCAUAUAUGGCAAGUCUAAGGUGUUAGGUAUAAAAUUAUUUCUUUUGAUCAGAGAGACCAAAUCUGUCCAUCUUACGUUACUAUCAAAACUUCCAAGGGCAGCAUUGGAGCACACUAGUUCAGGACAAGAGUUCUACAUAUAGAAAGGUUUCCGUGGACUACUGGUGUGCAGGACACUUUAUUUUUUAUUUUUUUAUCCUAAUAUCCUCAGUGGUGUAUUUUGGAUUUGUGCUGCCCUAGGCACGACUAAAUUCGGGCACCCCCAAAUCUAAAUUUGCCCCCCUCCCCCCCCAAUUUGUGUCAAGGCUACUUUUUUGACUGAAAGACAAAAGCCCUCAUUGAUACAUGCACUGACAUAUACCCACUGACAGAUACAGUCAUUGUCGCGCGCACACACUGUUUAACCAACACACAUUUUUACUGAAACAUACACACUGACACACCCACUCGCUGACAGACACACACUCUCAGGUACACAUUACAUGACUGACACACACUCAGAGAUACCAAUCCUCACUGAUUUAACACACUCUGACAGCGACACACUCACUCUCACCAAUUAUUUAAAAAAAAAUUUAAAUCCACCCAUCCUCUCUACCUUUGGGAGAGCUGGAGUGGAUAUAGAUCCAAAUAUUGAUCUGUUAUAUUCAGAGGAAGCCCAAAUUAUUAAUACAAGUGCACUUGGAGAAGCAUGAAUUAAACACCAGAUGCAUGUUCGUUAUCAAAAUAAGCCUCUGUCGUUUAUUCGUCAGUUGGGUUUUCAUACAUUAAAAAGUAAGUGCUUACAUGUAAAUACUCAUGACAGUAGUAGGAAGAGAGUGAAAGGGUAAAAGGAGUACAGAUAAGACAUAGGGUUGGACGUCAUGUACACAUAACAUACGUUCAGAGAAAGAACAGAAUGAUUUGACAAUAGACCGCCUAGGUGGUGGCUAUUUGCUCCUGGAACUUGACAUAUAUGGUCUUUGUAACGGAUCACCUGGCACCCCGACUGGGUACCUCCGUUGAAAGAUGCUCCUAGCGCUUCCUGAGGACUCCAAGCACUGCAGCCGACACCACAAUCACCGAACCAGAGAAGCGUAUACCUUCUCUCAAGCAUAUGAAUGCUGUAGACAGUUGAAUAGGAACCAUACGAAUAGGUUUACUCUCCUAGCAGUCAAACUGGAACAGCAUACAAUAAAUCCUUCCCCCAAUAAUGAGACGACACUUCACUUUGAGGGUUAAACAGGAACUCCUGUACUGUCACAUACAGUCUCUUUUAUUCCCAAUCCACAAACAUAGUACAGCCCACAGGGCGUUACAAAACAACCAAUCACAUCACAGUUACAUCCCACAUAUUCCCUCCCCUUAUCCUGAGAGGAAACUCAAUUAUACAUACAGUUAAAACAUACUUUCUACCCAACUUUCAUAACUCCAAAACCAUACAUCACAUUCACAUAAAAUUACAUAUUUACAAUCAAUCCAUUCAGGGGAACAACAUAUUCAAAAAUGGCACAAAUCAGACAAGGGGUUCAAAAGUUAGUAAAAAGUCCUUUGUGACUAAAUGAAGCAUGGCUUUCUGGCCCAAACCAGUUUCAGAGUCUUCUAUCCUGGAGAUAAGUAAUUCAAUUAUCUCCCAGGACAGACACAAGACUCCAUUAAGCACAUGGUUGCAAAAGACACAAAACACUUUAAAAUACAUAAAGUCACAUUUUACACAUAACACACAGACAUUUCACAUAUCCCCAGAUAGCUCAGGUCUGAGCGCACAUUAUUAAGUGAAUGGCGCUCGGACCACACAAAUACAGUUUAAUCUCCAUGGAGCCAAAGUCUUUACAGUCAGUUUCAUACGAAUGGGCUCCAUGGGAUUCCUAUCUGGGGUAUAACACAUUCACAUAAAGUCUGGUCCAUAGUCCAAAGGCAAGAGGCGGGCAAGCAGCCCCCUCCAAGGACACGUGGCGAGGCCGGUUUCGCCACAGUCUUAAGUGUCGUUUUUAAGCAUCAAGCAUUUCCUGAGUCCAAGUUAGCCAAUUUUAAUAUAGAAUAUAAAAAUAUGACACCUUGAAAUUAUAAAUACAGCCCUGAAUAUCCAUAUUUUCUAUGAGCUCUAUUUUGUUGAAUGUUUAACAAAGCUCCACUCUCCAAAGCAAUAAUAUUCACAAUAAAAACCAAAAAAGUUACUGUGCACUGUCCUCAAUCCCUAUGCACACCCAAUAGGUGGAGGUCUUUUAGAAUCACUCCAAUGGCCAUUAAAGUGCAAACCCACCUGCCAUGUAGGCAUUGUAUUUGCCUCUGUAUUACACCACCAUGUUACAGUGCUGAUACCCAUGACAGGUAUUCCCUGUGAGGGUUAAGUAUGAAGGGGUUUAGAAAAAUACCCCUCUGUCUCAUUGAAGAUUUUGACUUCUAGCUGAAGAUGGCAAGGUGAAUUGUUGGUGUAGGACCUGCCUAAGAAGUUUUGUUUUGAUGUGGCAGGUGGGCUUGUGCUUGAAUAGUUAGUGAAGUGAUACUAAAAAAACUCCACAUAUUCGGGUGUGCAUAGGGAUUUUUAGAGUGCAUACGUAAUGAUUUUCUUUUAUGUAUUGGGAAUGUGUACUAUAGUCAUUAAUGCCACCCAAGAGUGGUGGGAGUUUGAGCGCAGGGCUUGAUUUGGUAUGUUAAUAUUCACAAUGUCUUUAAACUACAUUACAUGCACUUAGAGUGUUCUAUUAAGACAACAUUAAUUUCUCCUACAAACUCCACUUUGCCAAUCCUGUACAUACAUAUCUGUUCUAAUGCUAUCCUUGUUAUUUUCGGUACUCCUUUUAUUUGCAACUCCUGCUUCUCUGAUACAUUUUGGCCUACAACAAGCCCACAACCAGCAUAGUCAACCACAAAUAAAUGGCAUAUCUGUAGAAUGUUUCUUGUAUACCAUUCAGUUGUGGUUUGUUUUUUAGCACCACUUAAUACUCAAAUGGUAAACAGUGGUUAAUAUCGGUAAAGGUGGAUGUUGGAGAUAGUAGACUAAAAAACCUGGCACAGUAGGCUGGAAACCUUUUGGAUUUUUGUAAUAACUACUUAAUGCUUCUGUUUACCAAUCAUAUUUGCGACAGUGAAAAGCAUUUUUGAGGACUUUCCAGAAUACAUUUUUGUUUGUGUCUGUUUUUUGGUCAGGAUAGUGAUUAGCUGACAAAAGUGCAAUGCUAAGUUCGCUCAUUGGCCUUCUGAUCUUAAAGGACUACAAAGUCACCCAGAUCACUUAAUCUCAAUGAAGUGGUCUGGGUGCAGUGGUAAUGUAGUUUUAACCCUUCAACAUUGUUUUGUAGAACACACCUCUGUGGUUAUCACAAUGAUGGCCACUAGAGAUACAUCCGCUGCACUGACAGAGUAAAACAUCAUUUACGUGUCAUGGCUGCUCAUAGCAAAGCAUUGAAUUCCCGCACAGGUCUCAAACUAGUUUUUACUCGUUCCAUUACAGAGUGAACCUACACCAUUUGCAUAUCAGAUUUAUCAUACCCAUAGGGGCAGUCCAGAGUCUUCAGACCCAAAAUGCCGUCAAGUUCCCUCUGCACAAGAACAAGCCUGGAACUUGCCAGCAUUUCGGAUCUGCACUGCUGUUAUAGGCAUGAUCAAUCUGAUAUGCAAAUGGUGAGAUUUAUUUAGGGCUAGAUACGUCUUUAUCAAGAAUAAGUAUAUUUAAUGACUUAUUUACAAGAUUACAUAGUCCUUAAAGAAUGACAAUAUAAACACUCUUAUCUUCUAUUCUAAGUUAUAAACCAGGAUUAGUUUUGUUUUAUUACAGGACUGGACAUGCCAAAAAUCAUGUACUGUUAUUUAUUUUGUAUCAUGUGUCCUUCAUGCCUACUUACCUCCUUAAAGGCCAAUGGCAGUUUAUACAAUCAUAGCAACCAGUACUGAAAGGAUACUAUUCCAAAAAUUGAUUCCCCCCCCCACUCCGUUAAUGCCUGGAGGAAGCCAAGCUAAAUAAACGUGAACUUUUCAUUAUGGUACACGAUCAUUAGGGAGCAAACUGUUACUUAUAAUUAUUUACAUCCCACUUACUGUUAUUUAAGGGAAGUACCACCAUUUAAGGAGUCUCUAGACCUUUUAUAAACCACUCGACCCAUUGUCUUCUUGAUUAUCAUAUCUACAGAACCCUAAGAUUACAUAAUUUUCUUAAAGUACAUGGUCAUCUGUCCUACUUAUCUUUAAUAAGGUCUUUUACGAUCUAUAACAUCAUCUUCCUCUGCAGUUUCAUUUCCUUUCUCCCAUUUUGAAAUUUUAUUGGCUUGCAUACUGGAUACAUACUUGUGGUAAGAUCUAUAUGAGCAACCAGAUUUUGAAAUCCAGCAAACAUAAUGUCCUUUUAUUUUCAGUAUGACAAUUUUAGUUGGGAUAAAUCGGUAAUGGCUAUACCUGUUUUCCAAUAUGAAUAACUGCUAAAGGACCACUAUAGCCUUUAAAGGACCACUAUAGACACCCAGACCACUUCAGCUCAAUGAAGUGGUCUGGGUGCCAGGUCCCCCUAAUUUUAACCCCGCAGCUGAAAACAUAGCAGUUUUAAAGAAACUGCUAUGUUUACAUUGAGGGUUAAUCCAGCCUCUAGUGGCUGUCUACCUGAUGGCUCUUGCCCCGCAUGCACAUUUGGCGCUGACAUCGGCAGGGGGAGGAGAGGUCACCAGCGCUGAGGGAGCCCAAAGCUGGAUUAAGGUAAGUGGCUCCUUGAAGAAUUUUAUAGUUCCUGACAUAGAAGCAAAUAUGACUGAGAGUUAUAUAAUGUAAAAAAAUUACAAGUGUGUUAUUUUUCUUCCUAUAGGUCUUGGAGGCGCAUUGGGUUAUCUCACCGGAGCUAUUGACUGGGAAUCUACCUUCAUGGGGACACUCAUGGGUUCUGAAUUCCAGGUCAUAUAUUUCUUUGCAACUUUGGUAUUCCUUGUGCUCCUUGUUAUACACAUGUGCAGCAUUCCUGAAGUACCUCUUGAAGAUGACAAAGGAGAAACACUGUCCUUACUGAAACAUGAUCAUUUAAAAGCCUAUGGGUCAGUAGAUAAAUCCCAAAAUGGAAUUUUGAAAACCUUAGAAGAGCAAGAUACAGCAGAGGAUACAGAUAUACAGGUAAACAUUACGUUAUAUAUAUAUAUAUACACUAUUAUUUUAAGUGGGUUUAUUUUUUUCAAUUUUUUUUCCAUUGGGGGCAUAUCUACUAAACAGUGAUUAUUUGUUUGGGCAGUGAAUUGUACCUUUUAAAGUGUAAAAGAGCUAAAAAUACGUGUCUUCAUAUAGUAACCUUAAACCGCAACCAGUAGAGAUGUGUCUAUAGAGGCACAUAUCCGACCAGUUUUUAAGUAGGAAAAAAAGUCUUUGUAGUAGUUUUAGAAACACUAAGAUUAUUUUUCUGGAGGGGAGCGUGAAAAGGCACCAAAUAUGGGAAACAAAUAAGAUAUAUUUAAGUCUGAAAUAAGUUUCAGUUCUGCAGGAUCCUUAAUUGGUAGCUGUUUAGAGAAGCUUUCUUAAGAGCAUCUAGGCAUGUGAAAAAUGGGUCUGGUUUGAAAUCUGCCCUAUUUCAGCAGGUUUUGCACGUGCCUAGUGUCCUUUAAGAAGGAAUUUCCAUUGAGUUACCGUUAAGGCAGCAGUGCAAGCUGCUCGUGAGAGAGGCAUGCGCUUGGUCUCUCUAACAGAGCCAUCAUUGGCUGACAGCACCAGGGUGUGGAGUUGCAAUGCCCAAAGGAGAGAAAAGCAAGACGCUAUCUUAGAAGUAACAAAGAGAGUACACACGAUCAGUACUUCCUGGUCAGUGCCAAAUGUAAGUGUCAUUUUAUAAUUUUCUCUCCCCCAAGAGCCCUAGUGGCUGCCCAAGGGCUAAUUUUAAGUGAGAGAAUUUACUCAAAAAUACAUAGAGCACUGUGCUGCUGGUCAAUAAUCAUUUUAAUAACUCCUACCACACAUAACCACAAUCUUCUUUAAAGUGCUCAGUCACACUACAGAGACCUGAGAUGCUCAAGUUGUGAAUUUUAAAACUGCAGGACUGGGGCUGUGACUCGGAGGACUGAUCUGAUGUACACUGUGUGUGCUGAAGGCCAAUAGUUAGUCCGGAAUAGCUGACAUGGUUGGGAGUCUAUCAGUAUCUUGAUGCGAUAACCCUGUGCGCAUUGUGUGCUGAGAGUAGUGGCGGCUCUAGACUUUGUGAGGCCUUGGGCAAAACUCAAACAUAAGGCCCCCACUAACACCUAAAGUAAAAAAUAGGUGUUUGCAUUGUGUGUGUAAAGCACGGUAGUUGUGUUGAAGGACAAGCUUGCAGUGCUGGAUACAGAGAGCUAGUCUCUGAAUUCAUUGUUCAGAGGUUUGCAGAGUCUCGACUCCCUGUGCCGCUGCGUUGUGAGCUCUCUAAAUGUAGUUAUGGCAUCAUUUGCAAACAAAUUUAAACAACAAUUAUGUUUAUUGUUUAUACUUGACUGCAGGGUAUGAUUACUUAAGCGGCACGGUCAUGGCCAAAUCAAUUUUUUUUUGUUUUGUUUUUAAUUUUAAUACCCACCCCAACUCCACUCAUCGAAUUGCCUCCCUAGUCACCCCCAAUGCCACCCAUAUAACCUAUUUUCUAUCUUUAUUUCGUGCCUGGACCUAGGUCCUGGGCACCACCAUCUUUGUGUGGGCAGAUAAGGUCCCCUUGGGACACGUCAUCUGCCCACACUAGAUAGCGCUGUGACAUUCCCGUGCAUGCCCAGUUAAAGCGGACGGGAAUUUUAUAUAUUAAUUAGUUCGUCAGACUAAGCAAUGAAUAGAAAUGUCACUGCAACUUAAAGGAACAAUAAACUCAUCCUAACCACUAUAGCAUACUAUGGUAUGAUUCUCCCAGUACAAGUUGUCAAACUAUUUGCUAACUAUUUGACUUCUUACCAAGAGUCUGAUGGUUGUCUCUUCCUUCCUCUCUGUAACUCCUGCAAGGAUCUUCUGUUGGCUCUCCUGAGCUAAGCUCUGCCAUUGAGGACCAGCUCCUUGGCUGAGAAUGCCGGGCAAUUGGUAUCAGACCAUGAGCUUAACCCUGCACUAUGUAGAAUAGCUACAUGUAGAGAGCAAGGGGAACAGGCUGGCACAUGCCAGGUUAAAAAAAAAAAAUCAAACCAUUACUAUGCUAAGGAACUUCAGGCACCAUAACUACUACAGCAUGCUAUAGUGGUUAUGGUGAUUUGAAUGUUCAUUUUAAUCCUAUCCUGCUGUUUGUGCAUACAAAUCAUUGUGCAUGCAAGGCCUGUGGUGUAAGAAACAUAGUCUGGGCUCACGGUGAUGAGAAACUCAGGAAUCCAUAUUUUUGUUGCGAGAUUGACAUUGUGGCAUUGUUUUACCAGUGUGUCAUCAUAUGAGCUGUUAGGAAAAAAAUUUUUUUUUUUUUUUUUUUUAAACAUCGCAGCAGUGUUGAGAUUGUUUACAUUUUAAUGUCAUCGAUACAUAAUUGUAUUGUGAGCAUAACUUUGGGAUAUUGGCAAACUGAUCAUUUGUGCAUAUUUUAUAAUACUCAAAUUGGGAUUUUACCUAUAUUACGCUACAUAUUAGAGUUAUGGUGUAAUGCUGUUCCAAAUUACUGUCUCUGCACAAGGUUGUAUACAACUGUAGUGACAGCAGACAUCACAAGAAGAAGUUAUACUGGCUGCUCUGUUUGCACAUAUAUUGUAUGUAGCUGCAUGCUGUGCAGUUACGCCAUCUGUAAAAUACAGGGAGUGCAGAAUUAUUAGGCAAGUUGUAUUUUUGAGGAUUAAUUGUAUUAUUGAACAACCAUGUUCUCAAUGAACCCAAAAAACUCAUUAAUAUCAAAGCUGAAUAUUUAUGGAAGUAGUUUUUAGUUUGUUUUUAGUUAUAGCUAUGUUAGGGGGAUAUCUGUGUGUGCAGGUGACUAUUACUGUGCAUAAUUAUUAGGCAACUUAACAAAAAACAAAUAUAUACCCAUUUCAAUUACUUAUUAUUACCAGUGAAACCAAUAUAACAUCUCAACAUUCACAAAUAUACAUUUCUGACAUUCAAAAACAAAACAAAAACAAUCAGUGACCAACAUAGCCACCUUUCUUUGCAAGGACACUCAAAAGCCUGCCAUCCAUAGAUUCUGUCAGUGUUUUGAUCUGUUCACCAUCAACAUUGCGUGCAGCAGCAACCACAGCCUCCCAGACACUGUUCAGAGAGGUGUACUGUUUUCCCUCCUUGUAAAUCUCACAUUUGAUGAUGGACCACAGGUUCUCAAUGGGGUUCAGAUCAGGUGAACAAGGAGGCCAUGUCAUUAGAUUUUCUUCUUUUAUACCCUUUCUUGCCAGCCACGCUGUGGAGUACUUGGACGCGUGUGAUGGAGCAUUGUCCUGCAUGAAAAUCAUGUUUUUCCUUGAAGGAUGCAGACUUCUUCCUGUACCACUGCUUGAAGAAGGUGUCUUCCAGGAACUGGCAGUAGGACUGGGAGUUGAGCUUGACUCCAUCCUCAACCCGAAAAGGCCCCACAAGCUCAUCUUUGAUGAUACCAGCCCAAACCAGUACUCCACCUCCACCUUGCUGGCGUCUGAGUCGGACUGGAGCUCUCUGCCCUUUACCAAUCCAGCCACGGGCCCAUCCAUCUGGCCCAUCAAGACUCACUCUCAUUUCAUCAGUCCAUAAAACCUUAGAAAAAUCAGUCUUGAUUGACUAAUUAAAUUUUUUUAUUUAAAAAGCUCUGACUGAGCUAGCCUGGAAAUGUUUUUUUUUUUUUAUAAAUAUUUAUUGUAUUUCCAUAUAAAAAGACAUAAUCGGAAGUAUCCAUGUAAACAGUAUUGAUUCAUAAUUUUGCUAGACAUUUUCUUUUUGCACUAUACAUUCUGAUGAUUGCAUGACAUAAAUAACUACAUACAACAAUGACAAUAUAAGAUUUUUCUAUAUGCCUUAGAAAAGGAGUAGGCUAUAUGACUACAGUUAUUCCGAUUUCUUAUAACAAUGGAGAUACUGUAGUUAUCAUUCUCAUUGUGCUUCGCAUUUCCAUAGAACAUACAGACAAUCUUACAUGCAUAAAAAUACAGAAUAGAGACCACAACAUGGGUAUAAUAUACCUUACAUACUGUAUAGCGGGGGAGGGGGACCUUGAGCACGCUGUGGAGGCGAAGAAAGGAGUAUAUCAUUAAGUAGUGUUAAGAUUGAUCGAAACAAACCAUACGUGUCCAUGAAUUAACCUUCCAUGCCCAGUUGAGUAAUUCAAGGUCGAUUUAGCCUGUUAUAAUAUUCAAACCAUCUGGACCAAAUUUUAUUAUUUCGGGAUAUUACGGUUAUUAAAAAAACAAAAACAAAAAAAACGCUUUUUCCAUAACUCCUUAGUGAUUAAUUUGAGUUAAAAUUUCUGUUAAAGGCGGAAUAUUUGUACUCUUCCAAUAUCUUGAGAUACAGAUCUUUAUUGCCAUUAGUACAUUUAUCAAUAGGUAUUUUUCAAAUUUCCUUCGACCCUUAAUAUUUAUAGGAAAGAAACUUCUCAGGAGUCAAAUCUGGUAUCUUUUUAGAUCUUGUUCUUCAGCAAGGUGUAAUACAAAGUCUUUUAUCAAACUUAAAUUUGAGCAGUCCCAUCGUAUAUGUUCCCACUUCCCCAUUACAUCUCCAACAAAGAUUUGUGUAUUAAGGCUUAAAUUUACAUAGUCUGGAAGGGACUAAAUACCAUUUGCUUAAGAUUUUGUAGAAAUUUUCUAAAAUACUUAUACAAUGUACUGAUUUUUUUUAAGAUUGUCCAUAGACUCCGUCCAUAAAUGAUAAGGGAUGGUAAGAUCUAAGUCUUCUUCCAACUUUAAAAUCUUAUUUUAAUUUCUGGGGUGGAUUUAUUGAUGAUCUGUCUAAUUUUGGAUGAUCUUAAAGAUUGCUAUCCAUACAAGAUCGUAUCCAAAGGAGACUGAUCUAUUAUUUGGAUUGUUCUAAGAAAGUUAACAAUACUCAAGUAUGUAAAUCUUUCUUUGUUAGACAGAUCAUAUUUCUGUUGGAGUUCAUAAAAGGUAUUGGGAGAAAUAUUAGAUCCUAGUUGGACAAUUUUUACAAUAUUUUUUUUUUUUGUUAACCACUCGGUAAUUCAAGAUCUCUUAUUAAUAGUUUAGUUAUUCCUAAAGGAGCUUUGCACAGAAUUUGAUUAUGAGCCAGGAAUAGUGUUUUUUUUUUUUUUUUUUAUCGGAUCAAUUGAUUUAAACAUUUGUAAUAUUAUCCAAUUAUCAAUUCCUACAUUUUACUGUCCAGCCAAAAGAAAAGGAAGGGAUCAAUUUCUACUCAUUGUUCUUUCUCUAUCUUGUAUUAUGUUUUGUCUCUAGAUUUCUCGUUUCCCCAUUGCAAGAAAUUGGAAAACAUUACUGAAUUAUGAAUCAUCAGAAUGUUGGGAAAUGAUAAUCCUCCCUCUCUUAAGUGUGUUAUCAUUAUUUAUAUGUUGGUUCUUGCUUUUUUUUUUUAUCUGACCAUACAAAAGAAUAGAAUAAUUUAUCAAACAUUUUCAGAAUUUUGUUUGAUACUCUUAUUGGCAUUGUAUGCAAUAGAUAUUUGAGUUUUGGCAUCAAAACUGCUUUUAUGGUGUUUAAUCUACCCAUCCAUGAAAGUAUUAAAUUAUCCCAUUUUUUUUUGAUCUGGUCUUGUAAAUCUUUAAAUAGCUUCAUAUAGUUUAAAUUUACGGAUGUUUCUAUAUCAAAAUUUAUUAGGGUUCCUAAGUAAUUUAUUGUUUGUGAGUCCCAGUUAUAUUUAAAUUUAAGUGAAUUUACCAGAUCUUGAGUUAAAUUUAGGUAUUAUCUUUUUUUUGUGUGUAAAUUUCCUAAAAUCCUCUAUGCAUUUCAUUACCAAGGGAAUAGAAGUUUCUGGGUGAGUAAAGGUUAAUAUUAUAUUGUCUGCAAAUAAUGUUCUUUUUUGUUUAUUCUCGUUGGUAUCCCAAUAAUAUUUGUAGAGUUUGACUAGCAUUGCAAGAGGUUCAAUAGAGAACGUACAUUAGGGGAGCCAAAGGGCAACCCUGACAUGUUCCAUUCCUAAUAUCGAACCAAUGUGUAUUCAAUCCAUUGCCGAAGAAUUUGGCUUUAGGGGAAGUAUAAAGUGACAUUGCUAGGUCUUUAAAAGUUCCUACAAUUCCAAAAGCUGUCAUUGUUGCAUCCAAGAAUUGCCAAUUUACUCCUUUUCGGCAUUGACCGCAAUAUAAACGUUUGGUAAGUUUUCCUUAUCAAUCCUUAGAUUUAGCAAUUUUCGGAAGAUUGUCUCCCCCUGAUCUUCCUUUUACAAACCCUGAUUGAUAGUUCUUAACUAGUUCAGGAAUUACUUUGCUUAAUCUAAUCGCUAAAAGUUUAGAUAGUACUUUAAUAUCUAAGUUUAUAAGUGCGAUCGGACGAUAAUUUGUAUCUUUCGAUGGUUUAGGAAUAGGUGUAACUGUAGCACUUAUUAACUCAGAAAUGUUUUUUGUUGAAUGAAGUUCACUAAACCAUCUAUGUAAUAAAGGAGCUAUUUAUAGGUUCAAAUUUUUUUAAAGAAAGAGGCAGUAAAGCCAUCUGGAACCAGCGCUUUUCCUUUGGAUAAUUUUUUUUUUUUUUUAUUUAUUUAUUUUUUUUUUACGAUCUUGAUUUCUUCAAUCGAUAUAUCGUUAUUUAGUACAACUAAUUUGUCUGGAUUAAUUUGAUGGUUAUUUUAUUAUCAGGUAAGUUAUAUAACGAUGAGUAGUAAUUAGUGAAAGCAUUCCCAAUCUGUAGGGGAGAAAGAAGGGUUUUGGUUCCUUCGAUGAUUUUUUUUUUUUUGAAUGUUUGUUUAUUUUCUGGUUUGAGUUUUUUUCGAUAAGGUCCCUACUUUAUUACUACUACAAAACCAUUUUUGUUUACUCUAUUUGUGAGCGAUAGAUUUAUCUAUUGUUGAAUUGUUUUUAUUUGAAUGGCUAAUUCUAUAGAAGGAUUUUUAGCCUGGAAUUUAAGAGAUUAAAUUGUUGUCUGGUUACUACAAAUGAGCAAAAAGUGUACGGCUCAAGACCUUUUCCCCACCUUCCAGCUCUGCCAAUAUAUAUUUUUGCAAUGGGUUUAGUAUUUGUCAGCAAAAGUAGCAAUAUAUAUAUUAUUUUUUUUUUAUGUGAAUUAAAUUCAGUACUUUGCUACAUUGAAAACCUUUACUAUACAUAUCCACUGUUUGUAAAGACCAUUUUGAGGCUUCAAUAUAUGUUACAGAUGUUUGCAUCUGACACAUUGAGUGUUAAUGGACAGAAGCCAAAUUGUAAUCAGCAAUUUCUGAGCAAGCAGGCAUUUUAGAGUUUCUUUAAAUCACUGAUCUAUGGAAGUUGUUGAAGUUAUUUUCAAAAGAUUGUCGUUGGAUUUCCCUCAGGUUUUUAGAUGUGCUAGAGUGUGAAUAGCAAAUAAAUGUAUACAAAGUGACAAAUAGCCUUUAGGAGUUGGUAAAGUGUGAGAAUGCAAAUAAAAAUAACAAAGCGGGAAGAACAUUGACUUUUACAUCAUUUUAAAUUCUCAUCUCCUUCAUAAAUAUGUUCUUUCAGAUUCUGGGUACCUUUUACCUACACAAGAUUAUGCUGUAGUAAAUGUAACGAGAAUAAAAAAUGUUUUCAUAUGUAUGGUUUCAUAUGCUUAAAUAAACGUGAUUAAAGGGACUCCAUUUUCUUUAAUUUUUAUUUUUGUAAAGCUUUCAAAAUAUAUAUAUUUAGGGAAUAAUCAUAAAUUCAUUUUAAAAAAGAUAUUAAAAUAUUUAAUUUUUUUAAUGGAAUGGUUGCAGCUCUUGCAAAUUCGUAAGAAACAGCAUGGUUGUGUCUGCCUGCACUAGGAAAAAUCUUUACCAAUCAGUAAGUGUGAUCUUGUUGAAAUUUCCAUUGCAGAAGGGGCAUAUGAGCUAUGUACUUCAACAGAUCUGUUAAACUGUACAACACAUAUAGGUUUUAUGGUUCUUGGAUUGUCCCUUGAAGAAAAUCUAUUUAUGAGGCUCAUAAGGCAUAUUUUCAGUUAACAAUAUCUGCUUUUUUUUUCAGUAUAAACCUGAUCAUCCACCCACAGCCACAACUGCUUGACACAUUGUACACCAAUAUUAUUAACCUCUGGUUUCAAAAUACCUUCAUAAGUGAAAAGUGACUUUAAACACUCCACAAAAAUAUUAAUACAGAACUGAUAUGCACAAUUCCCGGUUGUGUGUUCUCUUCAGAAAAAUGCCCCAAAAACAGAUGUAAUAAUCUAAGCCAAAGAGAAAAUUCCCUGGUGCUAACCACAAACUGUGUGCAUGGACAUUUACAAAAUAUUUGAGCCUCUGAAUACAGUUGAAGCAUAUGUAGGAGUAUUAAGAAUGACUGCAAAUUAUUCCUCCGUAAUACCCAUCAGUAAAAAUGCUUAUAAGGGUAUUGUUUAGAUCCCACUUGGAAAAUCUAGUGCAAUCCUAUAUGCAAAUUAAUACAAAUGCAUAAGAAAAAUUAGCAUAUCAACAGAUCCAGUGGUCUCCGGUCCAGACUGGAGAAUGAAGGAUAUAAGUUGACAGCUGAUUAAAAAAAUUUAAGUGGUGGAUAAAAACAAUAAGAUAAAAUGCAGAGUAAUAUCUGUACAGUUCCAAUGUUUUGCCCUUUUCCAUUUUUUUUUUUUUUUCAAACUUAGCAUCUGGAAAAGGAUGAAACGCGUUGCCAAAUGCCCAGUGGGCCGAGAUGGCUACGGGUUGAGGAGACAGGAGAGAUCAAAGUAUAUACCCUGCUGGGUUAUAUGGGUCUGAUACUAUCCAAGCGCAGGUCCUUAAUGCAUGACUCUUCACUGCCAGUCAGGAGAUCAGCAGGUGAAAAGUCUGAGCACAUGAGCAAUGCCAACCUGCACCUCCAUGGAUGCAGAGUGUUCCCUUUGCGAGCUUCGACACAGCAUAAUGCUGGAGAUCCUAUAAAGAUUGAACACAACUAGUACAUGGUGGAGGUGCAGACUUGGUCACUAAAUACCACCAGGGUAUUCAAAGUUCAAAGACACCCCUCCUUGGCCAAAGGUAAAAAGGAGGGGAGAGGGAGGGAUAAUUUAUUAGGUAGGUGUGCGCUUGUGUGUGUAUAUAUAAGGAUUCCCUAUGCACACACUAGAUCCCUUGUAGACAUGUAAUGCACCUCUUACAGACUACAUACCUGACACACAUCCCUAUAAGACACACACAAAAAACAACCUACACGCACACAUUAGAUUCCUUCCAUACACACUCUAGAUCUCCUCUCCUUCCCCUUCCCCUUCCCCUUCUGUUUUUAAAGUGGUCCUAGUGGUAAGAAUCUAGAUGUGCAGUUUUUCUACUUGAAGCACUGACAUGUCGGGGGCUAGUUGCACCCAAACAUACGUGACUUAGGCAGUCCAGAACUCUGUUCCGGGUUGCCUAAUGUCAAUUCUGGGCAUAAAAACAUCUGUUCUCAGUAUGCACUGCACAGUUACCUAACUGCUUCUCCUGUAACCACAGCCAUUUCCCCUAUUUACCACUAUAACAUCUUAAAGCAUAGAACUUAGCAGGGCUAGCCAUACAGAUGUCUUAGCAAUAAUAUUAUAUAGCUAGUAAGAGUUCCUCUAUCUUAAAUAUAUAAAUAAUUGAGAAUACAAUAUAACAUAGGGACUGUCUUCAAAACAAUAAAGUUUUUUAUCUUUUAAAUAUUUAAGUAAAUAUAUAAAUAUAGACAUCUAAAAUCCAUUACAAUAUUUUAUAGCAGAGUUUUAUAAGAUUUAAUUAUAUGCUUGCAAUAUCAGUAAAUAGAAUAGCAUACCCCCCUCAACAUGUCAACCUCUAUCAGUCAUGAUAAAAUGAAGCAGUUUCUCUGUCUCCAAAAUCUCUCCUCUGAGUCCGAAUAUUAAUAAGUACACAUAUUUAUACUUUAGAUGUUUAAUUAGGUCAUUUUAAGACCUACCUUAACUUUGCAAAGAAACAAGGCCAUCACUUGGUUAUUUCACAUUGGAACAUCUUAUAUAUGUUUGUCAUGACCUCGACAUCUUAUCUAUGUUUGUCUAGAAGUUAGUUUGACAUAGGCAUAGCCUUCAAUUGUUAUUGCAUUAAAUGUUAUUGCAUUAAUCCAGGACAAAAUGGCAUAAGUUAUGUUGACAUAGGCAUAGCCUUGAAUUGUUAUUGCAUUAAUUGUUAAUGCACUAAUCUAGGACAAAAUGGCGUCUUAAAGUCUAAACAUCUUACUUAAUUAUUGGAUAAGACGUCAGAUUGAUAAGAAAAGGAACAUUGUAUGAGAAACAAUAUUUUCCAUUUCUAACAACUUGUCAUUUUGCAAAAUCUCUUAAAGACAAAGGACACAGUUUACUUUUCAUUCUAAUUUUGUAUUAUUUGAAAUUGCCCAUAACACUCACUUGUAGGAAGAGCAUACAAGGGAGAAUCUCUCCCCUCCUUCCCUCCCACACUGCAUCUCGGGAACACCCCACAAGAUUUUCAGUUUUUGGAGAUGUUUAGACCCGAUCAUCUAGCCAUCGCUAUUUGACCCCAAGUCACUCAGAUCUUUUUGCUUGUCCAUUUUUUCUGCUUUCAGCAGAUGGAAUUCAAGAAGUGACUGUUCACUUGCUGCCAACUAUAUCCCAACCCUUGACCGGUGCCAUAGUAACAAUAUAAUCCUUGUUAUUCACUUCAACUGUCAGUGUUUUAAUGUUGUUGUGGCUGAUCAAUGUAUUCAGUAGAAGGCGUAUUUACUUACAUGAUGACUGACAGACCGUUCUUCACUAUCAUUUAGCAAUUUAUUUUAAUCUUCCUAAUGUAAUGUUCCUUUUUUUUUUUUUUCAUUCUUUUCUAUUAGGUGCAGAAACGAAUGACCCUUAAAUCGCUGGUGAAUGCUCUCUUAACCAUGCCUGCUCAUUACCGCUACCUGUGUGUGAGCCACCUCAUUGGAUGGACCGCAUUCCUAUCAAACAUGCUGUUCUUUACAGACUUCAUGGGACAGGUAGAAAUUAAAACCAUGCUAUGUAUGCAUAUGUUUAAACUUUCAUGUCAUUUCAAAGUAUGUUGAUAGAUAAAUCAGAUGUACAUUUAUAUUUGUUUGUUAGUGUAAAAACAUUCGUGGCUUAACUAUUUUGUGUUCUUAAAAAUACUAAAUCUAAAAUAAAUAUGAAGCAAUUAAUAAAGGUAAUUCACUAAAUUUACAAAAGUUUCUUGAGUGCCCUCUAUGUAAAGAGAAAAAUAAAUAAAAAUUAUAUAAAUACUAUAUUUUUCACCAGAGGAUAGCUCAGUUCUCCUUGGUCUUAAAAAAGAAAUAAAUUAAAACUGAACUUUUAUUUGUCAGCGUUUCAGUGCCCUAUAAAAACUUUCAUAAAGGCAAAGCACAAAAUACAUACAUACUUUUCCAAAUACAGUUCAUCACUUUCUUUCAUGCUCCCUUUCACAAUGGAUGACUUCAUGGACUACUCUAAAUGUAGAUUUGACAUCCAUGACAAUAUUUUAAGGAAAUAUAUUUUGAAUUUAAUUGACUAUGAUAGCGAGAGGCUGACCUGGAUUUACAGUUUUUUAUUCUCAAUACCAUUUCAAAUUCCAAAUCCCUAGAGGCUUUCGUGUAAAGAAUGUUAUGGCAAUUGGGAGAUUAAAACCUCAAGUCUGCCGCAAAUAGGUGACCGUAUUAAACAAGGGUUUCAUGGACUUGAUACGAAUAAUGGAGAAUGUGUGAGAGGAUAUGAUUGCUGUUGGAUUGUUAAAGAGCUUGAAAAUAAAUAUGCAUUUCUACUGACCACUGCAGAACCUAAUACAACCCUCCUGAAGGUUAAGGUGAAUGUCCGUAAAUACAAGAGAGACUUGAUUUGAUUUAAAUAGAAAAUGUAAAAAAAGACUACAGGGAGCAUAGACUCUACAAAUGCUCGAGCAGGGAAUCUAAUAAACCCAGGAGACAGAGAAAAAUACAAAAGCCAUCCCACUUUACAGUGGAUAAAACUACAGGGGAAUUUGUCUCGUACACAGAAACCAUUACAAGGCAUCUAAGACCUUAAUCUUAAGAGAUUUUUUUUUUUUUUUAACUACAGGAGCAGAAACCAGUCAUGCCAUAGAUAUCUAGUUCCAAGUGAGAAUAGACCCAGGGGGAAGACUUGGGUACAAGGGACUGUGACAAAACGAUAACCCCUUUCGGCAAUAAUGCCAAUCUGUCACAACAGGUAAUGAGUCCUGAUUGUCUUGAUUAGAGGCCUUUUCUUUGCCCCUUUGAAAUCCUAGUAUUCCUGCCAAGGCUCUCCUUUCCCCUCUGAAGCUUUGCUCCCAGCGCAUAGACCAGUUAAUAAAGCUUAGUGUUCUAGCUUGUAUUGCAGUUUCACCCAAUGACUGGCUGCUGGGUGAAAGGAAGUUCCCAUCACCAGACAAACACAGUACUUUUUGUGGGUACAAGAAGCUCCCUCAAGUCCAGGUUGUCAUAGGAUGCCUCACCAUCUCCUCUAGCUCCACCUCCAAACUAGGACUGAGAGCGCUAAAAAAAGUUAGCAGAUCAUGGCUAGUGCCCGAUCCAAACUAGAGUUCCAAAUCAUCAGGGAGGGAGGCACCUCAAGAACCACGAAAAUAAGCUUUCCACUGCAGUGGUGUAUUUAGGUUGUGUGCUGCCCUAGGCUCUAAUCUAAAUUUGCUCUAUUCCUUCCCGUCCAAGCUGCACCACCUUAUGUUUAAGAUCAACAUGCAUUUUCACUAACAGGCACCUCACUGAUGCAUACACUAACAUACAUUUGCUGACUGAUGGUCAUUGGCACACACGGUUUAACCGACACACACACUCACUGAGAGACACACAUACAUUAAUGCACACACUCACUGACAGACACACAUUCAGACAUACACAUACAUGCACUCAGUUACUCCCACACAUUGACCGACACUAGGGAGCAGAGCAGGAAGAGCUCAGAGAUCAGCUCUCCCUCACUGUGCAUCUGCAAAAUGACCAGUUGCCACCUUGAGAGACCCUAACGUGGCCAGCCAGCAAACUCUUGGACAUCCAGGACACGAGGCUAUCAUGGCAUCAGAAGUGCUGCCUAAGGCAAUUGCCGUGUUAGCCUUGUGGAAGACACAGCCUUGAUCCAGUGCCCAAGUCAAAGCAUUGAGUACAUCAAAUCCUCUCCCCAAUCAGCCCAGUAAGACGUUCUUGGUCAAUGUUCAGAGCGAAUCAAAUUCCCUGUUUCCUUCUAACAUGAAUAAAGGUCAAACAAAAGCAAUCCAAUGACUGUCCAAAGACCCUACAAUUGAACAGACUCUGUAUAGUAAUACAGAGCUAUGCUGGCUAUUGUGAAGAUUUUCUACAACAGGUGAGUGAUAACUAUACAUAUCAAGAGAUUCCAUCAGACACCAUGGCUGCGACCGAACUUAUUUUUUACACAUUCUUGAACAGAGGUUGGUUGUAUUUGUGAUGAACUUCGUCACUAUUUGAAAGUACUGAACCCACGCCCACCCAUUCUAAAUUGCAUACUGAAGAUACAUAAAAAUUUGACCAAACACUGGGCACUGGAUAGUGUUUGCUAGUGGAGGAAUGAUUGAACCCAUUUCUAAAUGACUGUCUUAGCACUACCCACACACACAAAAGAAAUAUCAUCUUUCUUAGAAAAACUAAAACCACUACAACUACCAGAGAACCCACUGAAACUUGUGAUUUGUAAAAUUCUACAUAAAGUAAUCCCCCAUGAAGGUGGGCAGCAGGUUCUCUUACAAUCCACCUGCUACCAAGGACCAGCUGUUAAGUUCGUGCUGGAAUUUUUAUUACUGAUGUUAACCCAGAACAACUUUAGAUAUGAAAAGUAGAUGGCUGCUUGUCACGCCAAGGGUGCAUAAUGCUUUGCUAUUCUAUAGAAUAUAGCUAGUUCAUGUGAUUUGUGUAGUGCGUACAUAAAUAGACUGGUAAAGGGUGUUAUGUGCAAAUUGACUGUAGAGGUUAGAUGUCACACGAGGUUAAUUUUAAUUAUAUAGGAAUGUGAUAAUGUCACAAGAUUUACAACAUGAAAAUCCUCUUUUGAAGCUGUGACUCCAGAGCUCCCGGUGCAAGGUCUGGUUUCAGUGUUAUCUUACUGGCUUCUACCAAAUGCUUGUACUUCCUCUUUGAUAGCGUGUUAUUUUGAUAUGCUAAUUACCAUUGGCAUUCAAGAUAACCAUUGUGUUCCAGUGCCAUAUGAAACAUUAAUCAUAACCCACAGAUUAAUAAUCAUGCCUCCUUUGGUGCUUAUUUAGAAAGGGGAAAGCGCACCUUACAAAUGGAGUUUAAAUAUGGCUAAUGCAGCUUAAGCCGUUUGGAAGGAAUUGUGAAAUCCAUUGUGUUAGGUCAUAAGUAGGAAGUGUGACAUAGAUAUGGCAAGACAUAAUUGCAAAAAAAAGUCAUACAAGCAAUUUUUAUUUCUGUAGCAAGCACAACAGAGGAGAUCAAAUCAAACUAGAACAGCCCUUAUCCCUACCUCAUUUCAGCCCCUAUCUCCCCACAUUCCAGCCGCUAUUCCUCUUUUACAGUGCAGACCCAGUUAUUUCCACAUACAGUAUAGCUUAUAUCUUCCCAUACACUAAAGUCCCAAGUGCGCGCGCACACACAUUACAUUCCCUAUAACCACAUGCACAUAGCACUACAUGUAGCCUACCCUACACACAUCAACACCACAAGCAAUCACCAAAUAUACACCAUCAUAAAUGGUCUAUCCCAUACACACACACACACUCUACCCUCUUUUAACCCUGUCCCUCUUAUGUUCUCUGGUUUGUGUCUCACUUAUGGGAAAACCAGGGACAUGGUCUGGAUUGUGUCAAAGGCCUUUUUGCACAGACUGCACCUUGGGUUUUGCAAUUGGGAAGCAAUGGCUGACAUCACGGAGCCAUUUAUUUUUUGGAAUCUUACAUACACAGGUUUAUUCAUUAAAUAUUGAGUGAAACUAAAUAAAAAUUGCAAAGUUUAAGUGAAUAUAGCCAAGCUGUGACUGGGCUGAGGUGGGAUACACUACACCAGUUUUAGCUUCUGUUUUGCAUUUGAUGAUGUGUUGCAUUCACUAAAAUUUGAAGUUAAAUGUGGAUAACCCUGAUAAAAUUCUGGUCCGUUCCUCAAGUUCUAGAACACUCUAACAUGAAUAUGUUAUAACAUGGAUAAUCAGCAAAAUGUAAAACAUUCCCAACAGAAUGGGGAAAACCAUAUACCUUUUUACAUAUAUAUAAAUAUUUUAAUUUCUUUUUUUAACAAUGUAUGAGAGCUGUGCAUUAGAAAUAUAUAAAUUCAUAUUCCUUAGAUUUAAUUUGCUAUACACUUGUCAAGGAACUGUGCUUUUUGUUUGCAUAGUAAAUUCCAAUAUUUAUUGCACGGGGAAUUCAAUAAUUACAGUUGAAGAAUAAUAAUAAUGAAACUCAUUUUCUUAGCUUUAGAGUCUCAAUACUAAGCCCUAUGAUCUACAGACUUCAUAUGUAAUGCUUUGCUCAAUGAAAAAGCUACAUAAUUAAUCUGAGCAAGUCAAUAGUUUUGAUAACCAGAUUUCGCAAAGGUCAAAAAGCACUUAAAAACCUUAAAUAUAAAAGGUCAUAUUAGAACAAGGAGGGAAGAUACAGCUUGACUAUAGCUAGUUAGCGGAGGACCAAUUUCAUGUUGAUAAAUGAUCAAGCCAGGUUUGUAGGUUCUAGUGUGAAGACUGUAGUUUGCAAUUGGACGUAACAUAGGUGCAAUACUUUCUGCUUAUGAUUGUUUAAGCAGUAAGUGUUGAAGUUGGUUUAUUUCUCUUCCAUGUUAACAUUAGCGUAGGAAGCAGAGAUUGAAGUCAGAACAGAACACACAUGCUCUGUAUUAGCUCCUGCAUCUGGUACUGAAAAACUGGGUCUAACAGCGGGCUUCAUGCACAUUCUGACCGCAACCGCAGAUAGUACUUAUCCUACUAAGCCACGGUCGGUGCACCUAGAGAUGCCUUACAGAAGCCUGUUUCAGCAAUGGAUCACCCAGACCGGGGCUUGCGGCCUAGUCGAGUUUGUGCUGAGCAGAGACAGUCGCUCUCCUAGCUCUCUGAUAAUCACAGUGAGACCAGUACAUAACUGCUCCCCCUCCCCCUUUGGACCUGUGGGGGUUAUCCCGGUCUCACUGGUGAGCCUCACUAACCUCUGCUGAACCCUUAACACCUGCACUAGCCUCAAGAUGGCGGUAUGCAAAAGCCUACGAUGAUCCCACAAGGCGCAUCAGAGCAUAUACUGCAGUGACUGACUGAGAUCUUCGAAAACUUCUGGGCCAAACUAUCUGCAAGUCUUGAGGUGACACCGGCUUCGGUUGUAGAGAGAGCAGAAAGCGGAAGUGUCUCCCUUGGCACUUCCUCUACACCAGCGCUUUAGUCAUCCACCCAUGGCCUAGCUGGCUGAAGACCAACAGGGAUUAUCUCCCAAUGCAUCGACCACUGGCGCGGAUGAUCCAUCAUCACAGGCGGCAACAGUCCAACAGGAGCCUCUGUCACCCCCUAAAGGGAAGAACUUGGGAUCCCCUUCGAGUUCCCAAGUUCAUGGUCUCAGGAUGCAGGCCUUCAUGACAGGCUAGGUGGUUGUCUUGCACAGAACCUGUCACACAAUACCGCUCCGCAGCUUUCUCCUGCCACCAACCCAGGGCAUCGGCUGACUUGUGACUUAACAACCCAAGUUCCCUGCUAGUCAGAAAUCUGACUCCCUUAUUUGCCUACCCGAAUGCCUACUACAUGCUAACCAGCAUCCACUAUAUUUUUUGCUCUCUAGUGCUCACAUCGAUCUACAUUUUAAUUUUAUUUUACUUUUUAUCUUACUGUGACACCGCAUUUCUUUUAUGUUCCUAUGAGAUAACGUGAAGCUUCAGUGGUGUUAUACUUUUAUAGCUUGAUGGGAUGCACAUACACUAUGCUGUUGAAUAUACCAUUACCUAGCCUUGGCUCUUACUCCAAGUAUAAGUUUUAUGGAUUAGCAGUCUGCCCAAAAGCCAAGCACAUGCCAUCCAACCAUCCAGUUAAAUCUGUUCUUUAUUUUAUGCCUCGUAGCGCCAAUAAUUUUAUUCUGUGCUAUGCUGCAACAUGACAUUGUGUGGAUCCAGUGGUGCUAUAAUCUUGUACACAUAGCCUGUAGUAAAGCAUCUGUAAUAUGCCAGUUAAUUGCCUUUUGCUUAGCCUAGAUUGUUCCUCCAGGAAUAUAUUUUAUAUUCUUUCUAGCGCACUUAUAUAUGGCAAUUAAUCUCAGGCAUAUAAUUUGUUUUCUUUACUUACAAAAGGGGCACAUUUACUCACUCUGUGACUUUGACUGAAUAUUAAUAUUGUGUUUAUCCUGCUUCCAUGCGGACGCCAGUUCCUGUAUGCAUGUUGUCUUACUCUGACUCAUCCUGUUUGUAAUGGAUGUACUGCUGUAUUUCAUGUUCAAUCUAUGCCACAAUAAAGCCAAGACUGACAAAAAAAAAUUAGCAUAGGAACCACCAAUAUUGGGGUAUUCUGAUGUAGUAGUGGGAUUACAUUGUAUGGCGAUAGGGUGUGAUCAAAUGCUCUUAUUGUUUGCCAAGGUAAGUGAUUUUAAGUAGCUUUGUAAGAUUUAAAAAUGUUUUGUGAGUGCUGUUCCCUUAAUCUGUAUUUUGGAUGACAAUAAUAGACUGAGUGCUGAGCACAAUUUAACUAUCACUGCCAUCAAAGCAUGAACUUUAAUAGAUAAUAUAUAGUCUCCUUACACCAUAACAGCUAAAAUGGCUGCAUAAAAUGUAGUAAUUAUAGUGCUUUAUGUUCCUUUUUUGAGUUCAGUGCUUGCCUUCCUUCUUUAAGCAGUUACUGAUGGCUCCUCUCCAAAACCAUUAUUCUAAAGUACAAACCUUCUGCCACAGCAACUCUUUAAGUAACCAGAACUUCCUCUACCUCCAGAAGCGAGACUUUUUUCCAUCUGACUACUUGCCCAUCUGCUACUUAUGCUUUAUAACUUUUGAAUUCAAUAAGCAUACCUAAACCCUUGGUGUGGGCUAGGCAACCUUUUAGUAGCACUGUGACACAAAAAGACUAUGAAGUCCCUUGGAGUGCUGUUUUUUUUUUUUUUUUUUUUAAAUUAACGUAUGCUUAUAUUGCUUGCGUUGUGUAUGGGUUGCUUUGUAGGGUUGUAUUUGUGCAUAUGUGGGCUGUUGCAUUGUUUCUGUGCAUGAGCUGUUAAUUAUUGUGUGUGUUACAUACACUGAUCAGUCACAACAGUAAAACCACCCACCUAAUAUCAUGUAGGUCCCCCUCAUACUGCCAAAACAGCUUUCAUGUGUCAAAGCAUAGACUCCACAAGACUGUUCAGUUUGUCCUGUGGUAUAUGGCACAAAGACAUUCAUAGCAGAUCCUUUAAGUCCUGCAAGUUGCGAGGUGGGGUGCAUGAAGGGGAGUACAUGGUCUACAUCAAUUUCUAGGGAGGUGGUAUGUGUAACAUCUACAUGAAUGGCAGAACCCAAGGUUUCCCAAUAUAGAUAAUUACAUAGUUACAUAGGCUGAAAAGAGACAUGUGUCCACCAAGUUCAGCCUUCCUCACAUUUUUUUUGCUGUUGAUCCAAAAGAAGGCAAAAAAAACAGUUUGUUGCACUUACAAUUUUGCAACAAACUAGGAAGAAAAAUCCCUCUUGACCCCAGAAUGGCAGUCAGAUUAAUCCUUGGAUCAAGAAGCAUUUACCCUACAUUGAAAAAUUAAAUCCUUGAAUAUUCUGUCUUUGCAAGUAUGCAUCUAGUUGCUGUUUAAACAUCUGUACGGACUCUGAUAAAACCACUUCAGGCAGAGAAUUCCAUAUCCUUAUUGUUCUUACAGUAAAAAAAAACAAACCUUCCUUUGACUUACACCAGGGGUUCCCAACCCAGUCCUCAAGUACCCCUUAACGGUGCAGGAUUUUGGGAUUACCCUGUUGUGUCUAAAGAAUUUUUGUUUUCUUUUUUUUCCUCUUAUGUUUGUGACUAAUUUCCACACAAUGGUUUCUAUUGGACACAGAUAUAUUUGUAUAAUGUGAUCAUGUCCCUCUGAGGCGAUGUUUUUCUAAACUAAAGAGGUUUACAUUUGUUAACCUUUCUUCAUAGCUAAAAUGUUUAAUUCCUGUUAUUAAUUUUGUAGCCCACCUCUGCACUCUUUCUAGUGCCAUAAUAUCCUUUAUUUAAGUACAGGUGCCCAAAAUUGCACAGCAUAUUCUUACCAGUGAUUUUUUAUAAAGAGGCAAAAUGAUAUUCUCAUCCAUAGAAUUAAUGCCUUACUGGCCUUAGAAACUGCUGAUUGACAAGUCCUUCUUGUGUGUUGUUAUCCCUAAUUCGCUUCCAUUAAGGGUAUAAGUUGCUUGUGCAUUCUUGAUGCCGAAGUGCAUAAUGUUGCAUUUUUCUACAUUAAAUUUUAUCUGCCAUUUGAGUGCCCAGUUCCCCAUCUAUCUAAAUCCCUCUGCAGCAAAGCAAUAUCUUGCUCACAUUGUAUUACUUUAGAGUUUUGAGUUCUGCAAACACUGAAAUAUGACUUUCAAUGCUUUUUUCAAGAUUAUUUAUAAACCUGUUUAAAUAGAAGGGGUCCCAAAACAGAACCCUGAGGGACACCACUUGCCACCUCUGUCCAGUUUGAAAAUGUACCAUUAAUGACAACUCUCUGUUUUUAAGCCAAAGUUCUACCUAAGAACAAGAAUUUUCAUCUAGACCAAUUUCUUUGAGUUUGAACACUAAUUUAUUGUGUGGAACUGUAUCAAACGCCUUGGCAAAAUCCAAAUGGAUCACAUCCACUGCAACACCCUGAUCUAUACUUCUUCUUUGUAGAAUUGCACAUGAUUCAUCAGACCAGGAAACCUUCUUCCAUUGCAGAUGACAAAACUCUGUAAAGUAAUACAAUGUGAGCAAGAUAUUACUUUACUGCAGAUGGAUUUAGAUAGACUGGGGAACUGGGCACUCAAAUGGCAGAUAAAAUUUAAUGUAGAAAAAUGCAAUGUUAUGCACCUCGGAAUCAAGAAUGCACAAGCAACUUAUACCCUUAAUGGUCCACUUCUGUUGCUCAUUUCCCCAUUGAAGGCAAUUUUGGCAGUGGACAGAGGUCAUUGUGGGCACUGGUUAUCCAUAGGUGGCAAACUGAAACCUUUCUAUCAUGGCAAGCAUGUGUUUUGUUUUUUUUUGUUUUUUUUUAGCAAUUUGAGCUACAGUAGCUUUUCUAUGUAAUUGGACCAGAAGAACUAGCCUUCGUUCCCCAUUUGCAUAAAUGAGCUUUGGGUGCCCAUAACAUGAACAACGGUUCAUCGGUUUUCCUCCCUUGCACCACUUCUGGUAGGUACUAACCACUGCAUCCUGGGAACACCCCACAAUACUAUUUUGGAGAUUCUCUGACCCAGUCCUCUAGCCAUCACUAUUUGGCACUUGUCAAAAUCACUCAGAUCUCUCUGCUUAAAGAUUUUUAAUGCCUUCAACAUAUGAAAUUCAAGAACUGACUCACUUGCUGCAUAAUAUAUUCCACCCUGUGACAAGUGCCAUUGUAAUAAUAUAAUCCAUGUUAUUCACUUCAACUCUCAGUGGUUUUAAUGUUGUGGCUGAUCAGUGUAUAUAUGUGGGCUGUGCAUCAUGGGGUGUGUGUGUGUGUGUGUAAUUGGGGACUGUGUAUGGGGAUGAAUUUUGUGUGUGUGUGUGUGUGUGUAGGUGGUGUGUGGAUGUGUGUGAUGGCUGCUUGGGGUUUUGUAUGCUGCAGGGAUGCAUUCACGUAUGAUUUCUUUUUGACUGUGUUGUUUUGCAAGGCCUAUUCCUGUGUGGGCUUUUUGUAUUCGCCUGUGGGCAAGCUUCUUCUAUAGCUGUGUGGCCUGCUUUCCUGAGGUCCAGUGGUGACCAGAUUAAACUUGGGAGGGGGAAAACGCUACACAUUUAAUUCUGAUUUCAACUGCUCUUAAAAUUUAAAAAUCAUAUGUACCCCAAUACGAAGUUCUAGACUUUUGCAUUCAUUUUCUUCUGAAAGACUGAUGCAAAUUACAAUGAAUGAAUUGAUUGUUUGGACCAAAAUCUCUUCCAUCCAAUUUAUUUCGUUCAUUAAUUUAGGGAUUUUUAUUUGGUCUUUUUUGGAGCUGAAGAAAAGAUGUCCUCUAAUCGUAAGUAGGAAUCUUUUAUUUAACAUGUAUUUAGUUUGGCUUCCCCCUCACUAUUAUUAGGGUGAGGGCAGUUGGUAGGGUGGUGUGGUUUUUAAAAAAAAAAAAAAAAAUUCUUCAGUGGUGGGACGACUAGGGGCUUGGGGAUUCCUAGUCACUAGGGAAGGGAUAAUUUUUAAAAUUAUUAGGACACUAUGUUCCCUCAUUGAUUGUAUUUAGUAGCUGCUCCGUUACAGCCAUUGCCUACUCAGUUUAGUAGGUAUGCCCCUCCUUGCCACAUGGUGGGCAGGAGGGAGGAUUAAACCUCCCUUAUUUACCAGUAUCAAGUAUCUUUUACUUAGUAUUCGUAAAGUUGUCUGAAAGACCAAAUCCCAAAAAGUAGGAAUUCUUGUAACGUUUUUUUUUUUAUUUCAUUCAUCUAUAGGUAUAUAGAUAUAUUUUUUAAAUUUAGCAGGGCAGUGCCAUUCUAUUAGAUUCAUUUUUAGACUACUUAAAUACAACACAUGUAUUUGUGCACCUCUGAUAAUUCUUUUGAUCUUUACUGUGACAAAGCAUGGUGGAAGCUGUAGUAUUUAAAGCAUCUGGGGAUAUACCGUAUGGGUACCCCUGCUCUGUAAAUUAAUCAAUUCCAACAGAAUUCUCCAGGUCUUUUACAUAUGAUACUUAUAACCCCUCUUUCUUUAGAUUAAUUAAAUUUAAAUGAGACAUGGAGGAGUGGCCCAGGGCAAUCUUAACACCAGGGCCCGGUAGCUACUAGUUACACUUCUGAUCUGCAGAUAUGUCAAAGAAAAUACAAGUAGCAUUGGUUACCAUGGUAACCCAGUUUUUAAUUUCGAGAAAUUCUAAGAGGAAGGUUUAAUUUAGUACCCUACAGAAAUGUGAAUUCAACCAUAUUAAUAUUUUAUAUAUUGUACAUUCAGUAUUUACAAUGCGGCUCUCACACUUGAGACUGCCCACUUAAUGAAAGUAUGAGGAUUAGUAAUGGGAGGUGAUCCCCAAGCAGCAACAUACCAUUAACCCCUUAGUGACUAGGCUGCUUUUCAAUUUUCUUACAGACCAGGGAUGUUUUUACAUUUCUGCGGUGUUUGUAUUUAGCUGUCAUUUGACUCUUACUUAUUUACUGUACCCACACAUUAUAUACCAAUUUUUUGUCAUUAAAUGGUCUUUCUAAAGAUACCAUUAUUUUCAUCAUAUCCUAUCAUUUACUAUAAAUUUUUUUUAUAAAAUAUGAAAAAAAAACAACUUUAACUUUGACCCCCCAAAUCUGUUACGCAUCUACAACCGCCAAAAAACACCCAUGCUAAAUAGUUUCAAAAUUGUGUCCUGAGUUUAGAAAUACCAAAUGUUCUUAGCUUUUUUUGGAAAGUUACAUUUUAACACUAUCUGUCAGGAAUCACUGAAUAACCCUUCACAUGUAUAUAUUUUUUAAAAGAAGAAAACCUAAGGUAUUACACUUGAGGUAUUUUGACUACUUUCAUGCAACCAUUUUACCACCAAUCUAUGCCAAAUUGAAAAAAGAAAUUGUGAAAAAAUUUUUAUUUAUUUUUUGUCACACAUAGCAAUUUAAGAAUACAUGUACAAACUUUAAGGGUUACUGCCAAAGAACAUCCCAAUAUGUGUUCACCAACAUCUCCUGAGUACAGUGAUACCACCCAUGUAUAGGUGUGUUGGGUUCUCUGGGGGCUAAAAUACCUUAUUUUCAGGGUGCGCAUUCCAGUUUUCCAACUUGGAAUUUUCACAGCUGUUCAUCAUGCACCCAUGUCCUAUUUGGGAAAUUUUUGAAGCCGGCCAAUGUAAUUUACCCCCAUCAAAUGAUAUAUUUUUGAAAAGUAGACAACCCAGGGUAUUCAAUAUUGGGUAUGUCGAGUCUUUUUUAGUAGCCAAAGUUAGCAUUUAUAUUUGUGUGUUAAAAAUGCAAAAAGCAAUUAUGAACGCUAACUUUGACCAGUGUUUGUGACUAAGUGGUUACUAAAAAAGACUGAACAUACCCCAUUUGCAAUACCUUGAGUUGUCCUCUUUUGCAAAUGGUAUGCCAUCAUGGGGGUAAUUCUCAUUCCUGGGCUAUCAUACACUCUAAAAGGCAAAUAACCAAUCUGGAAUGUGAGAAAACGGCCUUAUAUUUGAACCUGUAACUUUCAAAAAUGCUAUAAAACCUGUACAAGGGGGGUACUGUUAUACUCGGGAGACUUCGCUGAACACAUAUUAGUGUUUCAAAACAGUAAAACGUAUCACAACAAUGAUUUCAUCAGUGCCGUUUGUGUGUGAAAAAUGCAAAAAAACUUCACUUUCACUGACAAUAUCAUCGCUGUGAUAUGUUUUACUGUUUUGAAACCCUAAUACUUGUGUUCAACAAAGUCUACCGAGUAAAACGGUACCCCCAUGUACAGGCUUUAUGGUGUCUUGGAAAGUUAGUGUUAAUUAUAGUGCUAGCAAUUUAAAUUCUCUGGACUUUAGGCUUGGGUUGUCACGCAGGUCCCCCAAAUUGCAAUCAAUAAAAUUACUUAAUUAUGUAAAAAUAUUACAUAAAUUUAUAUCUAUUUAUGUAAUUAUAUAUGAGCAUAUGUAUAUUUCGUAUUUUUAUAUAUACAUAGAUAUAUAUAUAAUUUUAUCCUAAGUGUAUUUUGAUUUAUAUAUAUUAUGAAAAUACAGGUAGAAUAAAUGACAUAUACGUUUUUUAAAAUUAUUUUUACAUUUUAUUUUUAAUUAUUUUUAUAAUAUAUAUAUAUAUAUAAGAAAAAAUAUAUAUAUAUAUAAUAUAUAUAUAUAAGAAAAAAUAAAUAUAUAUAUAUAUAUAUAUAUAUAUAUAUAUAUAUAUAUAUACACACGUGUGUAUUUUUAUAUUAAUAUAUUUUAUUUAUAUAUAUAUAUCUAUCUAUCUUUCUUUUACUGUUGACACCUAUUGCGGCCAUGUGGUCAUAUGGCCCCUGAGGGUCCUAAUUUGCAGAGGGGGGACUGUCUGGGCUGUCAGUGGAGCAGAAGACUAAUCGCGGGUGGGGGAAGCCUGCCUGAUGGCUUCCGAUGCUCUGCACUACACUGCCAGGUGCACGUGGAGCAACCCGGAAGUGAUUAUUCUGGGGGAGCCAUCACCCGGUGUUCUCCGGUGGCCCAGCAGUGAGAUGGGGUAUUCCAUGAUGCCUCAACAUCGAGGCAUUGCUGCAAGACCGUCAGAGUGGCUGGAAGCAUUCAUGAUCGCUUUCAGCACUCUAAUUCCCUGCGGACUGAUCCGGUAAGUCCACGGUCCUUACGGUCUGUUUCUUGACGGAUGUACCUGAUAUGUCCGAGGUCGCGAUGUGGUUAAUAAAGUCGGAAUCAUGGCAAAACGCAUUUGGUGACUAAACACCAAAACAUUGGAGACUACAUAACGGUUACUGGCAGGGCCGGUGCAAGGAUUUUUGGGUACACAGGCGAGUCAGAGCACAGGCUCAGAGAUUCUCAGCCUGUGCUCUGACAACAUUGAAAGUCAGAGCCGUGAAGGAGCGGGUAUGGCAAAGAGCUACUGAUUAGUAUAACAUCAAUAUCCGUUAUAAAACCAGGCUUCCUGGCUUCCCCACUUCCUCUCAUCUAGCAGUCCUUCCCUUAUACUUGGGGAUUUCAAUAUCCCAAUCAACAACCCCAAUUGCCCUGAUGCCUCUCGCCUGCUCACUGUAACCUCCUCCUUUGGCCUUACACAAUGGUCCAAUUUAGCAACCCAUACAGCUGGAAACACUCUUGAUCUCGCUUUCACCAACCUCUGUACUGCUUCUAAUCUCUCCAAUAUUCCUUUUCCUCUAUCUGACCACCAUCUGCUGACUUUUGACAUUGGCAUACCGAAGACCCAAUUGACACCACCAUCUGAACAUCACUCUCACAGAAACCUCUAAUGUCUUGACCUAGAGCAUUUCUCUACUAAUCUCCAAACUCUCCUUUUACCUAUCUAAAACCUCACCUGUCACCUGUUAGUUCUGCAACCUCGUUCUAAAAUACCACCCUCUCCUCUCAACUAGACAUCAUGGCACCUUCUACAUUUAAAUGCCGCAGGUGCCCCCAACAACAACCCUGGCACACCAAGCUCACUCGAUACCUCCAAAAUUGCUCCAGAACUGCUGAACGCUGUUGGAGAAAGUCUCACUGUGCAUCUGACUUUCUCCACUAUAAAUUUAUGCUGAGCUCAUACAGCUUGGCUCUUUCCUCUGCAAAAGUUAAUUACUUCAGUACCCUCAUAACCACAAUCUCCCGCGAACCCAAAUGACGAUUUUACACAUUUAAAUCUCUUCUUCGCCCUGUUGUUCCUCCUCCACCUACCAACUUGACCGCCUCAGACUUUGCAACUCACUUCACUGACAAGAUUUCUACAAUCAGGGAAGAGAUCUCUCAUCUUUCUUCUUCCCCUAGCUUCACUCCCUCUGCUGUUCUAUGUUCAUUCGCACCCGGUACAUUGGAAGAGGUUUCUGCUCUGCUCCAGUCCUCCCACCACCUGCUCCCUAGAUCAAAUUCCCUCGCAUCUCAUCCGUACUCUGUCUUCUUCUCUUUCUCUGCCUCUCACUAAAAUUCUCAAUCUCUCUCUCUCCUCUGGUAUAUUUCCAUUGCCCUUCAAACAUGCAACUGUAACCCCAAUUCUAAAGAAGCCCAACCUUGACCCUAACAUCCUAUCUCGCUACUGCCUUUUGCAUCCAAGAUCCUUGAAAGAAUUGUGUAUGCGAGAUUGACAGACUUCCUUGAGUCCAACUCUCUGCUUGACUCGCUUCAGUCUGGUUUCCGCGCUAAGCACUCUGUGGAAACGGCACUGACCAAAGUAUCCAAUGAUCUACUCACUGCAAAAUCUAGUGGUCACUACUCUAUCCUAAUUCUCCUUGACCUGUCUGCGGCUUUUGACACUGUUGAUCAUCAACAGCUUCUUCUCAUCCUCCGCAAUAUCGGUCUACAAGAUGCUGCUCUCUCCUGGUGCUCCUCCUACCUCUCCCAGCGCUCUCUGUGUUUCUUUCUCUUGCUCUGCAUCUUCUACCCAAGUCCUCUCUGUUGGUGCCCCCCAAGGUUCAGUCCUUGGUCCCCUACUGUUCUCCAUCUAUACUGCCUCCCUUGGUAAACUCAUUAGCUCCUUUGGCUUCCAAUAUCAUUUCUAUGUAGAUGACACGCAAAUCUACCUGUCCUCUCCUGAUCUCUCCCCGUCCCUCUUGACUAGUGUCUCUGAUUGCCUCUCUAUUUCUAACUGGAUGGCUGCCCACUUCCUUAAACUAAACUUGACCAAAACUGACAUUCUGGUCUUUCCUCCCUCAAGUGUUGUUACUCCUGUGUCUGUCUCCCUCCAAGUCAACGGUGCUACUAUCAGCUCCACCACACAGGCUCGCUGCCUAUGUGUUCUCUUUGACUCCGACCUCUCCUUCAAGCCUCAUGUUCAGUCUAUCCCCAAAUCCUGUCAUUUCCAUCUCAAAAACAUUGCGCGCAUCCGCCCCUAUUUAACGCCAGAUGCGACUAAGGUGUUGGUCCAUUCCACUGUCCUUUCUCGCCUUGACUACUGUAAUCUGCUUCUCAGUUGUCUUACGUGCUCCCAACUUACAGUUGCGCCGUUACAGUCCAUAAUGAAUGCGGGGGCGAGGCUCAUCUUCCUGUCUGCCCGCACCUCCCAUGCCUCACCCUUCUGUCAGUCCCUACAUUGGCUUCCUAUAAGAUAUAGAGCUCAAUUUAAAAUUCAGAUUCUUGCUUUCAAAUCUCAGCAUAAUGCUGCUCCCACCUAUCUAUCCUCCCUUAUACACAAGUAUGUCCCAUCUAGGCCCUUACGAUCUGCUGAAGACUUACGUCUAUCUUCUGUCCAUACUCCCACCUCUGUUGCUCACCUUCAAGAUUUCUCGAGGGCUGCACCAUUCCUGUGGAACUCACUUACCUCAUCCAUUAGAUGCUCACCCAGUCUCCACUCCUUAAAAAAAAAAAAAAAUCUUUAAAAACCCACUUCUUCAUAAAAGCGUAUCAAUUAAACUGUUAAUAGCUCCUGACUGCUUCCUUUUCUGCAACUGUCACUAGUCUAAUACUAUCCUUACCUUUUGUGUCAUUUUACCCCACUCCCUCUAGCAUGUAAGCUCAUUGAGCAGGGCCCUCAAUCCCUCUGUUCCUGUGUGUCCAACUUGUCUGGUUACAACUACAUGUCUGUUCGUCCAUUCAUUGUAAAGCGCUGCGGAAUUUGACGGCGCUAUAUUAACAUAAUAAUAAAUCUCAAUGUAUCCAUCCUGGUAAAAAUGUUUUAUAAAUAAUCUAUAAUUGCCUUCAGUAAUUAACUUACUAGUUGUUUUUUUAUGUCUGCAGAGCAGCAUUUUUUUCUCAUAACAGUCUUCACCAUUGUGUGUCAUGUUAGAGAUCUAUGUAUUCAUAUUUCAACUUGCAGAUCAUUAUUCAAAACCUCAGUGUAUAGAGAAAUUGAAAAUUAGUAAUACACUGUAAUGAACAAGGAAUAACAAACAUGGCAUACUGUGUCAGGAUCUCCUGAUAUGCCGGUGUUAGCUAAAUUAAGGCUGGUCGUUACAAAUAGUUGCCACCAGGGAAUAUAACUAUCCCCAAUCAAACAUAUGUCCCAAGGCUGCCAUACGUUUAAAGAAAUCUUAAUCCUAGCAAAAACUAACUUAGGGUGUUACCCAAAUCUCCAAAACAAACACACUAAGCCUAUCGCUACCAAAAAUUAUGUAAAAAUAGAUACAGAAUAGUGAAGCAAUCAAACACACAUUUGAGUUGCUGUAAAUUAUCCAAUAGACAAUGGUAUUAAAAUAUACUGCAAUGCUUCCUCAUGUUGUACAGUACACACAAAAACACAGACAUGCAUACACACGUUUUAUCCUCAAAAAUGCAUUGUUUGGUAUAGAAUGUUGGCUUACCAUGCCUACACACGGUCCAUAUCUGAGAGAAGACAUUGUAAAAGAACUUAAGUAACACUUCAAACUGUUUUAACAGGGAAGCCUUGUGUUUUGCCUUGCAGUGCCUUGAAUAUAUCCUUCGAGGCAAAGAGGAUUACAGAAUGUUGCAUUUUAGUUUUUUUUUUCGGUUUUUUUUUUUUUUUUUUGUUUUCUCCACUUAUAUCCAACAUCUAGAAAGUUAUUUUCAUCUUCAGUUUAACUUAGUGACCAAUUUCCUUAAUAUUAAAACGAAUAGCUUUUGUGUUUUUUUCUGUUUUUUUUUUUACCAAAACGUAGUCUUGAUUGUCUUAUUUUAAAGUGGUAACUUUUUAUGAUUAUGAUUUACUGGGCUUCGUUAUGAAUAGAAAUCAAUAAUAUUUCUGUGAAUGGAGAAGCGGUAAACCUGGGUUACUAGUAUACUUUAGUGAGUCAGAAUACUGUGUGCUAUAUUUGUCAAAAGUAAUGUAUGAAUUUGCGCAGAUCUGCCAAUCCUAUGUGAAGAUAUACGAAAACAUUGCCCAUCACCAAUAUGCAGCACCAAGGCUCUUAACACAUGUGGAAUGAAAAUACGGUCUCUCAGAUAUAUUCUGAACUGACAUUAUUAGAUUUGAGUAUUGGAGAAAGAAAUGUGAAACAUUAGUCUCUUACAUCCAUCCAGGUGCUAUUUUGUGUAUUUUUGCCUUUUCUGAAUGUAUGUGUAUUUUUAGAAUGUUUUUAACAGCUGUUUACAUUUCCUAGAUUGUUUACCAUGGAAAUCCAUACGCACCGCACAACUCUUCAGCAUACCUGAUCUAUGAGAGAGGAGUGGAAAUUGGCUGCUGGGGCAUGUGCAUAAAUGCAAUCUCCUCUUCUCUUUAUUCCUGUAAGUAAUUCAAUCAGUACAUCCAUUCACAUUAAAACCAUACAUACUGCAUAUGCAUUCUUGCCUUGACAACCCCCGUUUUGCAACUUAAUCUCUAUGACCUGAUUUCCUAAUCCACAUGGUAGAUUUAGGUAUGUAUUCAUGUAUCCAAAAGAAAUACAAUCCCCAGUAAUAUGCAGCAAGUUGGAUUGCAUGACAAAAAUCCACCUCAAUAAAUCCAACAUUAAUGUGCAAUGUAUUAAGGGAACACUAUAGUUUUAGUAAGACAAAUGUGCAUUCCCAAUGAUGGUGACCACCUGCAUGGAGAAAUGUCUUUUUGUCUCCUUUUCUCCCUUGCAGCACCGGUGUUUGCGUUUCCCAUCCUGCCUCACAUAGGAAAGCAUUGGGAGGCUAGUAAGCAUGUGGGGCAACAAUCCUCUCCAAUCAGAUGAUCUCUUUAAACCAUAGAUAUUAGUCCGCUAUUUUAUCAGGAGCACUUCUAGUGGCCGUCAUUAAGAUGAUGUGGUCCAUUUAGAGAGCUGUAAGCUUCACAGUGACCCACAGUGUGUAUUCAUGUGCUACAGCUUGCUGCAAUGUUGAAUGUGAGGUACUGUAUACAGGAGUAAAGGUCAGAUUAAUAUUUCUCAUUGAAGUGGUCUGGGUGCACUGUUCCUGCCUCCUUAGUCCCACAAUGUAAAUCUUUGUAAAUUUAGAAAAACUGCAAUAAUUACUUUGCAGCACUAAGACUGCCUCUAGUUGCUGUCAAUCAGAUGGUAACUAGAGGUACUUCCUGGAUGCUACCGGACUCCUGGUCACUUAAAUGACGCUGGACAUUUUCACGCUCUGCACUCGUCCGUGAAAUCCCCAUUAAAUGUUGGAGGAGGUGGAGCGCUGACCUAGCACCGAGGGACAUUGGUGCUCGAUCCAGGUAAGUGACUAAAGUUUUAUUUGAACUCUUUAGCUGUAGAAGGGUUGUAGGGCAUGAGGAAAGGUGGGAGGGGGGUGAGGAGGGCAGAGUGUGUUAUAUUGUUAGGGAUACAGAUCUGUAUUCCUAACUCUAUAGUAUCCUUUUAAGGUUACCUUUGCAGGAAUGUGUCUUACAGCUCUCAAGCAAUACGUUUCAAAAUACCUUCCAACAUCGGUGUCAGAUUUGUACAUGGGGCAUCACUAAUGCCAUAAGGGGUGGUCUGGCCUAAAAAGCAGCAUGUCAAUGCGCCAGUCUGACUGUCCAUCAUGCUGACACAUAUUACUCAUGGUUUUGCAUGGGCAGAGCACUGUUGAAGCACAGGGGCCUUAAGUACAGUUUAUGUAGUGUUAGGAUGUCUUAUGACUAGAGUUGAGCGAACCCAGACUGUAAAGUUCGGGUUCGUACCGAACAUUGUUUUUUGGACCCCGGACCCGAACACUGACCUAUCACUGUAUGUUCGGGUUGGAGUUUGGUGAUUUAAUGGCGCAUUUUCAAAGGCUGCAGGGCAGCCAGUCAACAAGCGUUUGACUCGUAUGCCCUUAGAAGCCAUCACAGCCAUGCCUACUAAUGGCAUGGGUGUGACUGGCUAGUGCAGCAUGUGACCCAGCCUCUAUAUAUAUAUAUAUAUAAAAGCUGGAGUCGCAUAGCGCCGCACACACAUGAGGUCUUAUUGGUGUAGGGAGAGGAUGAUGCCGCUGUGAGGGACAGCUUAGGAGAGAAUUCUGCAAACUAGUACAUUAGAGGAGUGCACUUCAUAAAAAAUUUUAGGUGCUAAAUAGUACAUUUGCGGCCUGCGGUGCAUUUCUUGCAGUCCAAUAAACUAAAAAAAAUUAAAAUAAAUUGUUGACUGUUGGCGGUUACAUUGUCACCUGACAUAAAAUGUUAGUUUGAUGGGUGAACGCAAAGAAUGAGGAGAGCGUCAAAUAAGGGACGUGGCCCUGGUCGUGGUGCUGCUGGUGUUGGUGGAAUUCCUGUUGCAAGGAGAGGACGUGGUCGAUCUGUGCCAGCUACACACACAAGUGAAACACCUUCCUCAUGUGCGAGUAGGCGACAGAACCUUCACCGUUAUUUGGUAGGCCCGAAUACCACUGUACGAAUGGUGAGGCCAGAACAAGUACAGGCGAUAGUAAAUUGGAUGGCUGACAGUGCCUCCAGUUCCUGCACAUUGUCUCCCACCCGGUGCCCUGCUGAAAGCUCAGAGUUGGCACCUGCAGCCCAUGGCCAUCUGUCAAUCACCUCACCCCCUUGCAAAUCACCCAAGCAGUCUGAGCCACAAGCCAUGCAGCAGUCUCUUAUGCUUUUUGAUGACUCUGCUGGCGGGGUGAGCCAUCCAACUAGCCCUGCACCAGAAGUGGAAGGGAUUAAAUGCACUGAUGCACAAUCACUUAUGUGUCAGGAUGUGGACAUGCAAGUACCACCGCAGCACGUCUCUGAUGAUGAAACACAGGUGCCAACUGCUGUGGCUUUUGUCAGUGUGCAGACAGGGUUGAGGAGUGGGUGGAAGAUGAUGUGGAGGAUGAUGAGGUCCUAGACCGCACAUGGAAUGAAGGUCAUGCGAGUGACGUUUCCAGUUUGGAGGAAGAGGCGGUGCUGGCACAGAGGCACCCGCACAGCAUAAGAGGGAACAGGGUGCAAAAGCGGAGCUGCCGUCCCCUAGACGGUACACCUGCUACUGCCCACCGCACCCAGGGACCAUGCAUACCAAAGCCAGCUCCUAGGAGUUCCCUGUCAUGGCAGUUCUUCAGACAAUGUGCUGAUGACAAGACACAAGUGGUUUGCACGCUGUGCAAUCAAAGCCUGAAGCGAGGCAUAAACAUGCUAAACCUGAGCACAACCUGCAUGACCAGGCAUCUACAUGUAAGCACCUCAAAAACCAAGAAAGGUCUCAGGCUCCUCCUGCUUUCUCUUCUGCUGCUGUCUCUGCCUCUUCCUCCACCUCUGGAGUCACAGUGGCACUUGCCACCCUGCAAACAGAGGAUGUGGCAGCAAUGCCAACACGUCUGCCACCGUCCCCAACCAUCUCCACACUGUCCCAUGGAAGCGUUCAGCUGUCCAUCUCCCAAACACUGGAGAGAAAGAGGAAGUACCCCCCUAGCCACCCGCGAUCCUUUGCCCUGAAUGGCAGCAUUUCAAAAUUCAUGGCCUUUAAAAUGCGGUCAUUCUGUCUGGUGGAGACGGAUGGUUUUAAAAUCCUGAUGGCGGUGGCUGUCCCACAGUACGUGGUUCCCAGCCGCCACUACUUUUCCAGACGAGCCAUUCCUUCCCUGCACAACCAAUUGUCGGAAAAAAUCAGGUGUGCACUGCGCAACUCCAUCUGUGGCAAGGUCCACAUAACCACAGAUACGUGGACCAGUAAGCAUGGGCAGGGACACUAUAUCUCUUCUAACUUAUGCUGAUUACUGGGUGGCAACCCUGCAGGAUCCCCGUUACAAGGACAACAUGCCGUCCUUAAUUCCCUCACUGGACCGUGAUCGGCAGAUGCGCAACUACAAGCGCACACUGGUAGACAUGCUGCUGAGGGCAAUCCCAACUGACACCGGUGGCUCAGUGUAAGCACAAGGCGAAGGCAGAGGAGGAGGAAGAGUUCGCCAACACAGCUGGGGGACCGCCAGCACCUCAGAAGGCAGGGUUAGCAUGGCAGAAAUGUGUCAGCACGCCACAACAACCAGCACCACCAUCUGAUAUGGAACGUCUUAGCAGGAGGCAGCAUUUCAGCAACAUGGUGGAAUAGUACGUGUGCACACGCCUACACGUACUGACUGAUGGGUCUACCCCAUUCAACUUCUGGGUCUCCAAAUUGGGCACAUAGCCUGAGCUUGCCCUUUAUGCUGCCUCCUCCUCCUCCUCCUCCACCUACACCACCACAGUGUAUACCCAGAUAUAUCAGAGCUGGUGCAGAAAGUGCGGGCCGUGCAGCGUAACUUCAGCCUUCCCACUCACCGCCUCAUGAGACUGUGUGCGAGCCGCAGCAAGCGAUAAUGGAGUUUCAGCUGCAGCGUGCACGGGUCAGUCGCUCUGCGGAACAGAUUUUUUUCUUUUUUUUUUUCUAUGUCACAAUAUUUUGGGGGCUACCCCAAUUAAAAAAAUAAAUAUAAUUAUAUAUAUAUAUAUAUAUAUAUAUAUAUAUAUAUAUAUAUAUAUAUAUAUUUUCUCCUCCUUUUCUCUCCCCUCUCCCCCCUCUCUCCCUCUCCCCCCUCUCCCCCUCUCCCCUCUCCCCCUCUCCCCCUCCCCUCUUCCCUCUUCCCCUCUUCCCCUCUUCCCCUCUCCCCCCCCUCUCCCUCCUUCACCGCCUCCUCAACCUAUGGGUCACUUAGUAUAAACUAUGUACACAAUAGCAGAGGAUUUUGAAGGCCUUUUCUACAUGCAUCAGGAGUUGAGCAUUUCUCCAUGCAUCAGGACUGCAAGAAGGCCGCAAAUGUUUCUUUUUUUUUUUCUAUGUCCCAAUAUUUUGGGGGCUACCCCAAUUAAAAAAACAAACAAAAAAAAAAACAGUGUUGGCUACCUCCUCCUCCUCCACCGGCGCUUCCACCUACACCGCCACAGUCACCGCCUCCUCAACCUAUGGGUCACUUAGUAUAAACUAUGUACACAAUAGCAAAGGCUUGUGAAGGCCUUUUCUCCAUGCAUCAGGAGUUAAGCUCAGUUUGAACAAUGAAAGAGAAUACCCUGCACUCCAACCCUCUCUCAAAUGGAAAAUUCUGGUGAUCCUCCUGACAGUCAUGCUUUAGAUUUUGAUUUAUGUUCUUCCAAAGCUAAAAUCAAAGAUUCCAUCUAGUGCUAUUUUAUAGCUCAGCUGUAUUUUUUAUUUUUAGGUAUGUUAUGUUAUUUUAAGUGAUUUCUCUAUCCACAUUUGUUUGCAGGACACUUGUCCUACUCUUAACCCCAUUUUACUUCCUUUUGCAGCCCUUGCCAGGACUUUUUAGAGGCAUUUUUGUGGCCAAAAGUUCAGGUCCCUAUUGACUUCAAUGGGGUUCAGGUUCGGGGUCAAGUUCGAACACGAAACUGGACUUUUUUCAAAGUUCAGCUGGACCCGAACAUCCAGGUGUCCUCUCAACUCUACUUAUGACCACUUACUCAGGUCUUUCUUGGUUAUUCACCAAAGUGAGACUUGCUUAGAAUUCAAAGUGAAUUUAAAAUUUUAGUCAAAAUUAGUGGAAUUGAGAAAACUAUCCAAGCCAGUUAUGCUCCCAGAUCAGUUACUGUGGUCUAAAAUGUGAAAUUCACUACGAGUUCUUGACAAUUCUGACUUUAGUGAAUAACUGUGUAGGUUUCUAGUGUCCCCAGCAGAGAACACCAGAGUCCAAAAUAUUCAAGGUAUGGUUUUAGUGUCAUGCAGGGCCAAUCCUAGGGUCACUGGCUGGGUGCAUGAAUAUGUUUGGCGCCCACAGGUGGGCAUGGUUAUAUUGCUAACUCCUACCCUUUUAAAGUAGCAUUUUCAAUAGAAACCAUUCCACCUCUUUGCCCCACCCCUCAACUUCACCAGAUAACAUGUCACCCACUUCCUACAGUGCCACCUUUAUCCCCCAAAAUCUUAUCAAUGCCAUCUUUGUGCCCUGCUUCCCAGUGCCAUUUCUGUUCCUAUAAAUCAUUCCAGUGUCCUCUUUGUCCCAAAAUAGCUAAUCCGCGUUAUCUUUGUGACCAAAUAGCUUAUCAGUGGUCCAGAACCUAAUCUCAGUGGGGGCACUGGUAGUGGGCUGUGGUGGGGUGAUUUGGGCUGUAAUUUAGGAGUUAAGGGUUGUAGUAGGGAGCUAUGAACUGUAGUGGGGGAUGGGGGUUAUUGUGUAGAGGUAGGAGCUAUAGUGGAGGGUAUAGGCUAUACUUGAUGGGUUAGGAAAUGUAGUGGGAGAUAGGGACUGUAGUAGGGGGUUAGGGGCUGAAGUGGGGGAGUGGCUGCAGUUGGGGAGAGGAGCUGUGGAGGAGAGUAUAGGGACUGUAGUAAAGCAAUAGCAGCUGUAGGAGGGGAUAAGGGCUACAAGUGGGGGAUAAGCUGUAGUGUGAGGGAUAGGGGCUGAUAUUGGGGGUUAGGGGCCAUAGUGGUGAAUCGGAACUACACUUGGAGUUUAGGAACUGUAGAGGGAAUAAGACUCUUGUAGGUGGUUAGGGACUGGUGUAGUGUGUAAGGGCUGCAAUUGGGGGUUAGGUGCUGCUACAGGGGGUUAGGUGCUGCUACAAGGGGUUAAGGGCUGUAGUUAGGAGGGUUAGGGGCUGUAGUGUGGGGGGGGAUUGGGCUGUAGUGUUGUAUAGGGGCUGAAAUUAGGGUGUUGUGAGCUGAAGUGAGGGGUUAUGAGCUGCAUUUGGGGGUUAGGGACUAUAAUAGGGCUAAGGGCUAAUAUAAGGGGGGAGGUAGGGGCUGAAUAAAAAAAUUGUUUAUUCCCCCCUCUCUAAUUGCUUAGUUUUGGCCAGGGAGGGAUAUUCUGAUUCCUGGUGGUCCUAGGUGCAAAGUGCAGAGCCCAAUUUGGGGGUAGAGACCAUCACAAGGGGCAGAGCUGAGGAUCCGCUCUGGUGUCAUUCCUUCUGACUGUCCCCAGAUUGAGAGAAAAAGGCAUAUUUCCUAUCCAAAUUGCAGCUAGUUCCAUAAAUCAAUUAUAUACAAAUGCCGCAGUGCUUAACCACAAUGAAACAAACCUAUGACCAAAAAAUGCCAAGGAAAUGGGCACCCAGAGAACUUCUUUAGUUCAAAAAUAAACUUUAUAGUCUGCGUUUUAGACCCAAUCCUGGUCCUUUCCUAAAACUUGAGAAAGAAUUAUAUAAAAUCCUCAACACUUUAUUCUAUUAUGAUGUCAGUCAAUACCCUAUGGAUCUCAUGACUCAUGAAGUUUGAUUCUAAGUACUAUUGAGAGGCAUUUUUAUUUUCUCACUGGGGCAUUGAAUUUUUGUUUUGAUUGACUGUCACUGGUUGACAGUUAAAAUGUCUCAUACUGCAGUUUAGCUAAACGUGACAUCUCCUACUUUAACACUGCUGUGUAAUAUGUACAAGCAUAUACCCAAUUGUAAUCCUCGAGUGCCAAAACAAUAACUUUAGCACACUCUUGGAAUGGAUACAGUUGGCGAUCUCUAUGUUCUAUUCAUUUCAUUGUUAUUUUUCAAAACUUUAAUUCCACUUUAUUUAUUGUGCAUUAUGUUUCAUACAAAGGUUAGCUUCAACCAAGAUAGAUCAAAUUUGAAUUUAAUAAUGAUCUUUACAAUGCAAUUCUAUGAAUAAUAAAAAUGAUGGAUCUGUUAUACUUCCUCUUAGAAAUAAUUUUUGUAGGUAUUUUAAAUAAUACACUAAGUUUUUUGGUGUAUGUUUUAUUUAUUUUCCUAUUCUGAAUGUAUCUUGUAUAUGUUUCAGAUGUUCAGAAAGCACUACUUCCGUACAUUGGACUGAAGGGUCUGUAUUUUGUUGGAUACCUCCUGUUCGGGCUUGGAACUGGAUUUAUUGGAUUAUUUCCCUAUGUUUAUUCCACCCUGGUUUUGUGUUCACUUUUCGGGGUGAUGUCAAGUACCUUAUACACCGUACCCUUUAAUUUGAUAGCUGAAUACCACAGAGAAGAGGAAGUAAGUUAUUUUUAUCUAUUUUUUUAUUUAAACAUGAUAUUUAUUCUAUAUUAUAUAAAUCAGUUGACACAAUGCAACACAAUUGAACCAUGUUCAUCCAAAUCUAAUCCAUGCUUGAACUCUCCAAUACCAUUAAAGCAGAUCCACUGUAUAGCGAAAAAAUUUAGAAAAUGUUUUCCUCGAUCUGUAAGCCACCCCACUUUGAAGCUCUGUUUGCUGCUCCACAGUUCAGAUUUAAUAACAAUCUGAACAUUUUCUGAAUGGAUUCUUCAGGAUUGGAUUUUUAUGCUGCAGUUCAGACACCAGGUGGUGACCCAUCCAUUAUUGACCUGUUUUCUGACCACAGCAGGGUAGGCUGCUAGAAUCAAUAUCACGCCUCCAUCCAUUUACCCCGGUCAUUUUCUUAUAUCCCGUUUAAGUAUAACUACCUAAAUCUGAUAUCUGCUUAAAUCACCAGCAACUUCCAUUUUGAUUGUAACUUUUGUAAUUCUGUAAUUUACGUCUGAUGUCUGCUCAACAUAUUGGCAAUAGUGCUUUCUAAAUUUAGGCAGUUAUACUAAAUGGCAACUAAGAAAAGGACCAAUAAAAAUAGAAAAUUGGAUUAGGAUACCUUAAGUGAGCAUUCAAAGUGAAUUUCAAAUUACAAGGAAUGCUCUAACGUUAGGAAUGCAAACAUAUGUUCCUAACAUUAAAAUGUGUUCCUAGUUAUAUGUUUGGCACCAUAAAUCAUAUUAUUCAUUGGUGAGCUUGUCUUGCUGUAGACCACUGUUCCUCCACUGCUAAAAUCAACAUUGUUGAUGAUCUCAGGCAACCCAUUACUUCCCCAAAGGGAAGCAUUAGGGGCUGUUGCGCAUGUGAAGCAAUUGUAACACAGUGCCCAUCAUCAUCUCCUCAUAGAGAUGCUUUAGUAAAAAGCAUCUCUAUGGGGAGUGUUUAACAUCUUCAUGCAGAGUGUGAAGCCACUGAACGAACGUCCUGCAAAGACUGCAGGAUAUCACCAGUAGGCCUCUCUUUAGUGGUUAUCUAAGUGACCGCUAAAAAAGGUGGCCUUGGGCACAAAUGUAAACACUUUCUCUUCUCAGAUAAAAAGCAGUGUUUACAAUUGUCACCCUGCAGGGACAGGCUCUAAGCACAAGAACCACUACAUUAUGUUGUAAAAUAACUGAACUGAAACAUCCUCUAAUGGUUCUACGACCUUUAAUUGGAAAUUUACUCAAUUUAGUAAAUAACCCUUAUUAUUCUAGCUGGGUCGUAUAGAAGUGGGAACAAAGUGCCUAAAUUUACCCUAGCAACUUGAAAACAGGGCUUUUUAGAGGGGAAAAAAUGCAUCGUAUACCAAAAAAAUGUGGGCAUGAUUUAUGCAAACAAUUAAACAGUGACAUAGUUACAUUAACUUGUUAUUAAUAAAAUCAUAUAUUCUACCUGCUUCAUCUCCUCUACUCUUUGCCUGUGACCGUUUAGAUGUAAAUUUAAUUAAACUUUUUAAAUAUGCAUGCCAGCCUAUUACAAGCCUCAUUUUGCUUAAUAAAUAUUAGAUAUACAAGAGAAUGCUCAUUACUUUAACAGAUACACCUAAAUGUCUUUACACUGUGCGGCUUCCACUCAUCUAGCCUGCAAUGCAUCAGUGUCUCAAGGGAGGAGAAUUCUACAGAAAUAUGUUCUCUAUAAUCACCAUGCAUUAAAUAAGAGUACUAGCUGAGCUCUAAAUUGCUCUCCCUAGUCAGCACUUUGCAUUUAUUUAGUAGCUAGUAGUUAGUUCUUUAGGACAUCAACAUUGUAUAUAUUAUAGGAAUUUAUGAGCAUUUCUGCAUUAAUCACAUGCAUUUUAUUUGUGCCAAUGAUUUCCUGAGGGGCACACUAGGUUCCUUCCAUUUAUUUUAAUAGGCCCCACAAGUGGGGGCACCAAGGAACUCCCCACUUUAUUAAUAUUUUAGGUUCUCCAGUAUGGGGGCAUGAUGAACCUGUGCCAUUGUAUACAUGACUGGGCAACAAUAGUUGCUAGUCGCUUGUCUUUUAGUAUAAUAACGAGCAGCCACUGGCAAGUAGGGGCAGAAGGGAGGAUUUAACCUUCCUAAUACUAAUUAUGAUGGGGCAUGGUAAAGGGUAAUUUAGGAUUCUGUUUUUAAAUAUUACAAGGAGAGAGCUGAGAACUCCCUCCUUGUACUAAAUGAAGAAACAAAGUAAUAAAUUGCAUAGAAAAAAUUCAUUGUUACUUGCAUUCAUCCACCCUUCUUUCUGAAGAAUUGAUUAAUUUCUGAAAAUUUGGAUGAAAAUAAAUAAAUAGCUGCCUAGUUUUUUAUGCUGUUUACUAAACAUGCCCCAUACUCACGGCAUGGUGGGUAGGGACAGAAGGGGGAUGUAAUUUACUAAUACAAAGUAUUUUCUGCUUAGUAUUGGCAAAUUUGUCGAAAAGUCCAAAAAGGGCUUUUUGUAAUUUUGUAUCUUUCCGCUUCUUAGUAUCUCCUUAAUCCUUAUCUGGGAUUGCCAUAAGGACUCCAAAUAAAGGACCGAUCUACUAAAAAGCUUCCUAAUUUGCUACUCUUAAAUAAAGCAUUCUCACAAGGGUACCAAUUUAGGGUGUUAUCUGCUAAUUGGCUGUAAAAUGUAGCCACUGCAAGGAUUGUGGAAUUUAUUUGAAAUCAAAAUCCAAAACAUAUAUAAUAAAUUUUGUCCGAAAGCAAAUUAAUAAAUGACAUUUUGUUCAGACAAAACAAAAAUGUUGGUGGUGCCCAAAUCUAAUGAUUUCCUGUGUGCUACACUAUUUGGUUCUUGUAUUAAUAAUAAUUAAUAUUAUUGAUUUUUAUAUAGCACCAGCUUUGUUCUGCAGUGCUUUACAAUAAAAUUCAAGCCUUCUAUGAGAGAGCACCCUAGCUUAUCUAAAUGUUUUAGAGCCACAUGGUAUAAGUAAGCAUUGGUUUAGUAUUUAUUCCCCUCAUUAAAUAGGUAUGUGCGUUAUAUAUAUUUAACCUGAAUUUUGCAUUUUUUGCAGAUUACUGUUAGUUUUAAAGACAUAUACAUUUGAGUACAUUAGAAGCAAAUGUACAAGUUGAAAUUCAUAACAUUUACAAAAGCAUUGACGUACAGUAAUCUCGAUAUUUGUUUUUCUUAACAAUUCAAAUUCUAUAAAGUAUUAGAUGAAACCAUGAAGAUAUGGUAAAACGUACAUGAGUUGUAACUCCAGUAAUACAAAAUACACAUAUAUUCUCUCUAAAUAAAACAAAAAUAUGGAAACAUUCUUAGAUUAGAGUUUUAAGAUGAAUGUGUUUUUCUCACUGGGAUCAAAGUAGCAUAAUUUGAAGAGAUGCCAAAAAUAAUCAUUUAAUGACUGGCCACCAGUCUUUUUUUUUUUUUUUUUUACUCCUUGGGUGCUAUGGGUACAUUGAGCUAAACCAAUUUGGCACUACUCCUAUCAGAUUGUCUGUAAUUUGUCUCUGAGUUCAGGAAUUCCCAAUUGGCCCAAAUUCGCAGUUGGCCUGAAACUAAUCUCCAAGUGUAGAGAAAAUGUGCUCAUAAAGAUGUGCAGUUGUGCUUAUGGUGGCAUUGCAAUAGUUAACGAGUAUGGUGGCUGAGUUGGCAAAAAUCAAAGCUCUCUGACUUGUAUUUCAGUUAUCCACUUUCUUCUUUUGAAAGAUACUAGCUGAAGUAUAAUGCAAUGUCCCUAUUAACAGUUUUCUGUGAACCUCACAGAAACCGAUCAAUUUAAUGAGACAUCUCAAAUGUGUGAUCUUGGCUGUGUGAUUAAAAAAAAUUCACUAUUUUCACUUUAGCCUCCUUAACCAAUUUUAUAUCCGCUACGCAUUGUUUCUUUGCCAUGGGUAGGCAUGUAAUCAUACUCAAUAUUGCUUCAGAUUUAAUCCAUCAAAAGCUGAAAUGAGUUACAUACAAUGAUCAGCCACAACAUUAAAACCACUGAUUAUAUUGUUUCAGUGGCAUCUGUCAAGAUGUGAGAUAUAUUGGGCAGCAAGUAAACGGUCAGUUCUUGAAUUUCAUGUGUUGUGAACAGGAAAAAUGGUCCAGUGGAAAGAUCUACGUGACUCUAAAAACAGCCAAAUAACGAUGGCUACAUGACUGGGUCAGAGCAUCUUCAAACAGCAAGUCUUGUAGGGUGAUCCUGGGAUGUAGUGGUUCAUACCUACCAAAAGUGGUGCAAGGAAGGACAACUGGUGAAUGCUCACUAUGGGAAGAUGGCAGUUUGGUGUUAUGUUCUGGGCAAUGUUCAGCUGGGAAAUCUUUGGUCCUGGCAAUCAUGUGGAUGUUACUUUGACAUGUACCACCUACCUAGAAAUUGUUGCAGACCGUGUACAACCCUGAUGGCAGUGGUCUCUUUCAGGAGGCUAAAGCACCCUGCCACACAGCAAAAAAUGUUCAGGAAUGAUUUGAGGAACAUGACAAAGAGUUCAAGGUGUUGCCUUGGCCUCCAAACUCCCGAGAUCUCAAUCAGAUUGAGCAUCUGUGGGGAUUUACUGGAAUAGCAAAUCUGAUCCAUGCAGGUCCCACCUCACAACUUGCAGGGCUUAAUGGAUCUGCUGCUAAUGUCUUGGUGCCAAGUAUCACAGGAAACAUUCAGAGGUUUUGUGGAGUUCAUGCCUCAAUGCAUCAGAGCUGUUUUGGCUGCAUGAGGGACACCUACCAGAUAUUAGGUAGGUGGUUUUAAUGUUGUGACUGAUCAGUGUACUUUACUUAGAAUAUCAGAUCUGUUAUCUUCUACUGUACCUUUUUUUAGCUAUUUUAUUAGACCACUGAUUUUAUAAAUGUAUCAGUAUUCAAAUCUUGAGCUGUAAGCAGACCGUAACUCUAAAGUUCUAUUGCAUGUGUGUGUUUUUGUUUAUUUUUGCGACAUUUAUUAUGGAUUUGAAAACGUUUUAGCUUAUAUUUUAUUUUCACUUCUUAUAAAUGUGUAUAUUUUUCUAUGUAAACCUAGAAUAUUUAGCUCAUAUGUACAUACUCAUGUAAUCCAAAUGCAAAUAAUGUUGUUUUUAAGCAGAAGGCCGGCAUAGGACAGUGGGUAAAUACAAAUGGAGGUGACCAAUGAUUAAACUCUGGUGCCAUAACUCCAUACAUUAGAGAAAAAAAAUCUCAUGAUAUUCUCCUUUAAAAAAGCAUGUUUGCUUCAAUCACAAUACCUUGCUUGAGUUUCGUUUGAGAGUUGUUUCUGAAUUUUGUCUGUUAUUAGCUGUGGGUUUUUUCAACAUAAUUACAACCCAACAAUGUCUUCACCUUUGCUAAUUAUAGUGCUGCUGAUGUUAGAAACUAUUAACUCUAAACUGUACUUUUGUUGAGAUUGAUAAAUUAUCUGAUUUCAAGAUCAAUAUACAGAGAUUGCGAGGUUUAUGAGAAAUAAAAUGACUUUUUGCAGGCUUUGGAAUUGCAUCACAAUAGAAAAUAGGUGAUCUGUGACGUUACCUUGUUUUCCAAAUUGCAAUUGAGAUCUGUAUGCGUUCCUUUAAGCUGUAUGUGUUCCUUUUAAUGUUCAAAGCAGUCAUUUUGAGUAUAGUGGACAUGGGUAUUUGUAGUGAACAAUGAUCAAUUUUGCCAAAUUACAUUCGUUCAAAGGGACAGCGAACGUUAGUUAUGUGUCAGGAGUGCCAUGGCACUCUCACAGAGUAAAUAGGCAAGCCGUUUAAGAAAUAUUUUCCAACUUAACUGGGGUCUUCCACAUGCCCGUCGCAAACUUCCCUUUUGCCAGAAGCUCUAGAGAUCUCAACAGUUUCUUUGAGCGAAGUCCUGCUGUGCAGAGUCAGCUUGUUUGCGGAGUGUGUCCGCUUAGCAUUCUCAGCCAGUGAGUGUGGCAUUGCAUGGCUAGACCUUGCUCAGUGUCAGAGCUUCUGAAAACAGAGUUGGCGGUGGAAGUGCCUAGCAGAUCCUAAAUGCAAGCCAAGACACUCUUGAAUGCUUAGAGUAAGUAAUCAAGGAGGACAAAGCUCUCUGCACAAUAACUACUGUAGCUUUAAUCAAUUAGAAGACAUCAGUAGAUGUUUUUGCAAUCCAAUAUGGCGAGGUGUGUAGUUUUUGUGCUGUUCAUGCACAUUACCAAGUUUGGUCAUUUUUGGUAUACACAUUUAAUUUGCUGAAAAGCAUUCUAGUGGUUAUCAGGUCCUUUUUUUGGCAUGGUAUACUUUCUAAAUUGUGUAAAAAAACAAAACAAAAAACCCAACCCCCCCUCCCCCCCCCCAAAAAAAAAAAAAUAACCAAACACCUUUUCACUAGACUCCAUAGUUCCUUCAAAGGUGAAUAUUCAGCAAUGACAUACCUGAGAAUCCAAGAGUGUUAUUUACUAAAGAUCAGGAACCUGGGUCAAUUUAGGACCUAGAACGAUUGAGGUGUUUAUUCUAGACAAUUUGCAUUUUAGUAGACCAGAGAAUUAUUUUUCCACCUUUAAAAUUAUCAACAAUGCAGAAUAAAGACCAUGGGCUGGACUCAUUUGACCAGGACUACUGCGUUUGGGAAACUUUCAGUGCAUUUGAAUUGGGUCUAAGACUGCAAGGUUGGACUCUUUACCAACCUUGAAGGCAAAUUGCUGCCAUAAGAUGAGGCUAUUAACAAGAAGUGACUAGAGAACACCCACAGGUUUCCAAUGUUGUCACUGUUUCUUAGCCCCUUAAUUGUCCAAAUUCUAAUCAAAACAAACCCUAGAAUUUGAAUGUGUAAGUUCAAUCAUAAUUUACAUCUUUCAUAUUAGGUGAGCUCACACAUACUAUAUAUGUUUGUUCAGGAGAAACUCCUAUAAUUGUAUCCCUACUAGCAUUAGGACAUUCAUUGUGUCAUACUGUUGAGUACAUUAUUUUUGUAUCCUCUAUUUUGACACUGGGUGUUGUGUAUACUAAAUAGUCGUUUAACUUCUAUUUAUUCAUAACUUAUAUUUCAAGGUCAAAAUACACCUUAUGUAAAUAUACACCUACCAUCUAAAGCUUGGAAGCACCUAUACACCUACUGGUAUCCCGUAUUUAUCUUUUGUGAAUACUGUUGGCUUUUACUGCCAAAAUACACAUUUGUGUUCAGCAAUGUCUGACUAGUACAAUACCCCCCAUGUACAGAUUUUAGGGCUUUCCAUUUUCCAGUUUUUACACGUUGAUAUUUCCCAAAUUAGUUUGCUGCUAUGUUGAGACCAUAUAACAGGCCAGGAAUGAACAUUAUCCCUAUCAUUGCAUACCAUUUGCAAAGCAGACAGUCCAGAGUAUUCAAAAUGGGAUAUGUCCAGUCUCUUUUAGUACCCACUUACUCACAUACCCUGGCCAAAGUUAGCAUUUAUAUUUUUUAUUUUUUUUGUAUUUUAAUUAAUUUAUUACUUGGGCAUGUGUGUGUGUGUGUGUGUGUGUGUGUGUGUGUGUGUAUAUAUGUAUGUAUGUGUAUGUGUGUAUAUAUAUAUAUGUGUGUGUGUGUAUAUAUAUAUAUAUAUAUAUAUGUGUGUGUGUGUGUGUAUAUAUAUAUAUAUAUAUAAAUAAUUUUUUAAUUUCCAUGUUGGAGGACUCUGACCACACAGGCAGUCCCCACUAUUGCAGGCAGUGAUUUAGUCAGCCAAUCCAGCUGUGUUUUUGUGAUGUCAUAGUGAUCACAUGGCCUGGAAGGGCCAGAUUGACUGCAAAAGGACUGCCUGGGUUGUCUAGCAGUCCCCCCAAUCACGAUCACUAGGAAAGUAUGCAGACUCUGAUGGGCUUCAAACCUUUACGGCGUACUAUGCUGCAGUAACAGCGUUUAAAGCCACUUUGUGCAGGAUGGCAUAGUACACUGUAAUGCUGUUAAGGGGUUAAUGAAUGACUGCCUGUAGCAUUUGUUUGCAAUGAUAUUGACCAAUCACAGACGAUCCACUUGCUGGUAAUGCAUCGUACACCCAGUGUGUAAAUAGUCACCAUAGCAACCACAUCUUGCCAGUAUAAAAGGUACACAUUAAGUAUGCUUUACUCUGUGAUUAGUCUUCGUGUCUGUGUAUACAAUGUAAUUAAACUGUGUUUUUGUGCUAUGCCAUUUUGUGGAUUGUUAUAAAUUUACAUGACACAUGCAUUUUACUUACAGAGUGAAUAUUUAAUGUUUAUAUCAUGUUUCUGCCUUUUCUGUAAAUUUGUUAGUUUAAUAUCGUUUUAAUAUGCUUUGAAAAGUGCUUCAGGUUUCAAUAUAUAUGUCUAUAGGUAACGUAUUGUUUUCUAUAGGAAUCAUAGGGACCUAGCUUUUAACAAUUGGCAAUUAUAAUUUCCAGCUCAAAGAGAAAUGAAAGACUGUAAGACUAGUUGAUUACAGUCCAAACUAAAAUAUCACAAAUAAAACAUUUCAAUCAGUUUCUUUAAAUGCACGAUACAGUAAUUCACAACCUGUUUUUUAAAAUAUUUACCCCAGGUUGUCUGUUAAUUUUUUUUAUUUUUGAGCUGUUUGUAUUCAGUGGCCAAUAUUAUUGUUGAUCGUAAAUGUUAACUUUUAGCUUUGAAAUGUAAAAAUUCAAAAAAAAAAUUCAUGUUUCAAACCGAAGCUCCUUGUAAUUAGAGAUGUCUCGAACCGUCCGCGAACUUCUCGCGAACGGUUCGCGGCGGUCCGUUCGCGGCGAACUCUGUUCAGCUGACACAUCCCGGCCAAUAUCCGGCUGACCCUCCCUCCCAGACCCUCCCACCUCCUGGACAGCAUCCAUGUUGAAGCUGCCUUCAACAUGGAUGCUGUCCAGGAAGUAGGAGGGUCUGGGAGGGAGGGUCUGCCGGAGAUUGGCUGGGAUGUGUCAGCUGACCGGAGUUCGCCGCGAACGGACGGUGGCGAACUGUGGCGAACCAUUCGCGAGAAGUUCGCGGACGGUUCGCGACAUCUCUACUUGUAAUAUGUGACUAGUAACUACCAAACGCAGAUUCGAUCUUGUUAUGAACGGUUCUGGUAAAAUCUAGACAAAUCUGUCAUUACUAAUUUAUCCCCAGGAGGGAUAAGCCAAAUGGCAAAUGAUUUAGGUAAACUAGAAAAAUGGUCAGAGCUGUGGCAACUGAACUUUAAUGUGGAUAAGUGUAAGAUAAUGCAUCUUAGACAUACAAACCCAAUGGCAGAAUAGAGAAUAUUUGAUAGUCCUAACCUCAACAUCUGAGGAAAAGGAUUUUCGGGUGAUUAAAGGUAGGCAACAAUGUAACAGAGCGGCAGGAAAUGCUAGCACAAUGCUUGGUUGUAUAGGGAGAGGUAUUGGCAGUAUUAUAGGGAAGUGCUCAUGCCAUUGUACAGAACACUGGUGAGACCUCACUUGGAGUAUUGUAAGUAAUACUGGAGAUCGUAUCUUCAGAAGGCUAUUGAUACUUUGCAGAGAGCUAAGAGAAGGGCUACUAAACUGGUUUAUGGAAUACAGUUUUCAUGGUUCUGAUCAGGUCCGACAAGAGACUUAUGCUGAGUUUGACUUGUGGUUAUUUGAGUGUUUGUUUAGACAUGGUUAAACAAGAAAAACAAUAUGAGUAACAUGAUGUAUAGUGAAGAAGAAAUAAAGACAAAAGGAAGAAGGUAGAACCUAUGAACGGAGUUACAGGUAAGUAUAUUAAGGGAUAACAGAAAACAAGAGUUUAGGCAAUAAGCCCCAGACAGGAUUAUAAAGUAACAGGAAAACCUAGAAGAGAAAAUUAUAGGUUGGAGAAAGAAGAUGAACCCAUAAGUGGAAUUACAGGUUAGCAUUUGAAUAAGAACCUGUAAGCAGAAUUAUAGGUUAGAGUUAAUAAAAGGAACAGAAGUGAAGGUUUAGGCAAUAUGCCCUAAGCAGAUUUUAAGUAACAGGGAUACAAUUAGAUAGAACUAAACAGGAACAUAAAGGAUAAAGUAAUACAGGUUAAGUUAGCAAUUGAGGUGAUCAGUCUCUUCACUUUGAAAUCAGAAAUGGGUUUAGAUUGUUAUAAUUAGGGUCUUUUAGGAUACUUGCAAACAAUAGGAAAGCCUGUAAUAUCCAUGUAUGUACGUUGUGGGCAUUGGAUGAUAGAUUCCCUUCACCCAACCAUAAAACCAUAACUUACCCCAAAUAACGACAGACACAACUUCUUGAAUAUAACAGGCCACAGCAUUUAUUAACACAACCAAAUAUUGUAUAACUCCUUUAACGUAUAAAACGUACAUAAGUAUCAUAGAUUAACAUAAAUAACUUGCAUAAAGUCAUACAGUAACCGAAAAACAUCCUUGCCAAUCUAAGUCCCUCUUCCCAAAGGCUCUCACCUCCUCCCCCCUCCCCCCUCGGCAUAAUAAAAAUCCUCUUCCUUUUGGGCUCCCCACCAGCCGGCUUUUCGCUCAGUGGGGCCCAACCAUAAUGCUCCCCACCAGUCGGCUUUUAACUCAGUGGGGACACGUCCAACCUGGUACCCCUUAAGGUUCACCAUAAGAGACAGGGAGAGGAUGAGACCCGGCCAUUAUCCCCCUUAUUCAUCUAACCUGCAAACCAUCUCUCCUUUAUUUGGCAAGGACAUGCCCCUGCCUCGCUGUGACAACACCCCAGGCCUAAAGCACAAAGGGAGGGUGGGUGGGAUACUGUUGCUGGCCUGGCUCCUAAGUGGCACUGAGGUCAGUCUGAUCUGUCACCACCCACUUCCUCACAUAUCACAUUCCCACACAUAACACAUGGCUAAUCAUGCUUCAUCCAUUCCCACACUCAUACAUGUGCCCUUGUCCUCUAAGCUGUGCACUCUCCCUGUGGCCUGGGAGGUUGUGUUGUUUUAGCUAGGAGAACUGUAGGUAGCAACCAAGCAAUAAAGGUACCAAAUUCCAGAAUAAACUGAAGCAGGUUAGUCGGAAUAAAUCCGGAUUGUAGAGUAGAUCAGGAUGGUUGAAAGUAAGUAAAAGUAGAGCAGGUUUUCUUCAGUAAGAGCCAGGAGCAGAAGACUUAUCAGGUUCAGAACAAUAACUUCUCUCAAUGGAAAGGCAACUCCUUUAGUUGGGUGUGGCAUUUUAUAGCACAUUCAGAAGAUCAGUUUAGGCAGGUGUGAGAGACUGUGCUUUGACUAGUGGCUAGAGAGGCCACUAGUGGUGAAAACUGGUACUGAAAAAAAUAAAACAGAAGAGAAAAAACAUUGAGUUGUCUGUAUAGGAUCCUGACAACAGGAUAAAACUUCCAGGAAAGGUUAAAGGAACUUAACAUGUAUAGCUUGGAGGAAAGACGAGACAGGUGAAUAUGAUAGAAACCUUUAAAUAAGUAAGGGGAAUCAACACUGUAAAGGAGGAGACUAUAUUUAAAAGAAGAAAAACUACCACAACAAUAAGGCAUCGUCUUAAAUUAGAGGGACAAAGGUUUAAAAUAUCAGGAAGUAUUACUUUACUGAGAGGGUAGUGGAUGCAUGGAAUAGCCUUCCAGCUGAAGUGGUAGAGGUUGACACAGUAAAGGAGUUUAAGCAUGCGUGGGAUAGGCAUAAGGCUAUCCUAACUACAAGAUAAGGCCAGGGACUAAUGAAAGUAUUUAGAAAAUUGGGCAGACUAGAUGGGCUGAAUGGUUAUGUGUCUUCACUUUCUAUGUUUCUCAAUAAUUGUCAUUCGUUUAUGUCUUAACUUUUGUUUCAUUAGAUGUGCAGAAAUUCCUAUUGGCCACUCACCACUCUUUAACUUAUUAGAGCACUUUAUUCUGCAAUUGGUCCCAAUUUUGAAGACAAUACCUGCAAUUCAGACAAUACAAAGGGCAGAAUUUGCAGUUUCUACAUGGAGUCCUAUCACCACAAAGCAUAAAUGCUUCAGGCAAACAUGAUGAUCUGAAACAUUACUAUGGUAGCGCUGUGCGUAUGCCAUACACACUGCCCAUUAUGCAAUAUAUAGUUCAGCACUUGGCAGAAAUUCUGUUAAUCUAAAACUGGGGUCUCAAACAACUUGUCCUUGGGCAAUUUACAGCCCCUGAAUAUCUUCUUGUAGCUUGUGCGUUGGUUUCCUGUGUCUGAAGGGACAACCCAGAAUGUAACCUGUUGGCUGUUUACCCCCGUCCAAGUAGCAUUGCCUAGUGGUGUCCUUGCAGAGUGUAUCUGUGUGUGUGAUAUUUAUGUAUUUAUUUUUUCUUCUGUCUAGGAGUAAGUGUGUGGUCAUCUGGAAUUACAGAUCUGAAGCUCCCAUGAGAGUAGAUAACUUGGCCAGUAGUCUACAGGCAAAUUGAGGUUGAGACCGCUGAUGUAAAGACAUGGGUGGAAACUGAUGGUCAAGGAAAUUAAAGUCACAACUAUGUUUCCCUUACCUUACCAACUGCUUAAUAAAUAUGUUUACACAAAUAGAGCUAAUUCUGGAUAUAGAUGUGCACAUCCCUAAAGCUGGCUCGAACAUACAAAGUUGUGAGAACCUGUCAGAUGGGGGUGGGGAGGGGCAGUGUUUUAAUAAACUAGGUGUGAAGGGUUAAUACAGCAUGACCUAAAGUUAAUUCCAUAUGUAUGGAUUUUAUAAACCUAGGUUAAGGGAAUACUUGAUAUUCAAUCAAAGACUUGGUUUCACAUUGUGAUUUAUCUAGGGUUGGACCUAGAGCUUUGUUACAUAGUGGUUUUAGUAAUGGCUUAAGUAAAUAUGUGGGAGAGGCCAUAACAUUUACCCUUGGGUUAAAGCCCCUUGUGUCUCUGCCACCUGACACCCCAGAGAGCCCCAGUGGUACCAAUAUCAUAUCCAGCUCAUAUCCCUUACCCAUAAAUACCAAAAUUUCAAACUGAUAAAGAGGGGCUAUAACUUUAGAAAUAUAAAUGGGCAGUUCUGAAAACAUUUGGGUAACUUACUAAAUACAAUAUUUACAACUAAAAUGCAAUUUAGAACAAGUAAAAUGUGUCUUUAAACUACAAUAAAUGUGUUUAGAAAUCAGUUUGUGUAACAUCACUAUCCGUAUUAUUACCGUGGGGCUCUGUUAAAAAUUCAGACAGACCAAGAAUACAAAGCUUUUACAAAAUGGGGAUUUUCAGAUUUAAAAGACAAGAAUGACCGUAGAAUUGUAGAUCUAAAUAAGGACACUUGUUUGGUUUGUUUACCCACACUAACCCAAAGUGCCUCUUUCCUGUUUUCUAAUUCUAGACCAUAAAAUGCAUAAUAAUAUACAUUUCUAUUCCUGUCAUAGCCCUGCAGGAUCAGAGUUGUGCAAGGCUUCUGUGAUGUUUAUGUUGUCAGUUGUAAUCAACCAGCUAGGGGUCUGCCUGUUGCUCUGUGCUGAUGUAUUUGAUAAGGUACAAUUGCUCCUCUUUCAUUUUAUAGCUUUCAUGGCCAGGAAAUGAGGCCCAGUCAUUCAUUGAAAAUAAUUUGUUACACUUUCCAUCUUCUCUCUAAUCAAUGGCAUUGGACAUCAUUUAUUUGUGUUUUCUCUGUGCACAUGCUGUGCUAAUCAGUCUCCCUGCAAAGGACAAUCCCUCCUAAUGAUAACUAGACUGCAUUACUGUCAGCAAGCUGUACACUCAGAGAAAAUGGAUUCGGUCUGUGCUUGAAAUCUGUAAAGUGUAAUCCGUGGGAUUAGGUGCCAGUGUAAUUAGUUUGCUAGAUGAAAUUAAAUAAACUCUCCUGGGAAGACUACCCACUGCUGGUAGCGUUUAGGGAUUAAUACUGUAAAUUUAGUUAGUGGUUUUCUAUUCACUCACGCAGCAUGUAUCUACAUUUAUGAGAUGAAGUUAUUUUAGGUGUAUAAGUACCCAAAGCAAAGAGAACAUUUUCCCAUUUAAUGAUUGUCCUUAGGAGCCAUUUAUGUCUAAUAUAUCUUUAUAUUUUGUUUGAUUAAAAGAUGCUAACAUUUUAAUUGUAUCCUGUUUAAAUAUAUAAUGAAUUAAAUACAAUAAUACCAUUUUUUUCUUUGUGGUUUCUGCUGUGAGCUUUGACAUUAUUUUAUGGGAUAUGCCAAGCACCAUAACAACCUAUGUUCCUGGUGCAAGGGGACCCUUGUUCAUGUGUCCCUACAGUUCCUAACAGCAACACUGCAAAAACCGCUGUUGCUAUAAAAUUGUCCCUUCAUAGCUCUUAUGUCAAGGGGGGAUUUUAUUCUUUCUUUGGCUAUCCAGAUAUUUCAUAGCAUUCACAUCUCCGUAAAAUGUGUAGGGGUGGUCAAUUACCUGAUAGCAGCAACAUUCAGGUUGUUCUAAUCUGUAGUUCCAGUCACUAGAUCUCGUAAACAGAUCCACAAUGGUGGCCUAAACAAUAUAUCCCAAAAUUAUACACAGAACAUUUAUGGGGUAAGAUCACUGAUAAAGUCUUGUAAUUAAUAAAUAAUUUUAAUUUGGUUUACAAAGUUUAAAUGUAGAGAGUGGCUUGACUCCAAUUUGUACACCAAUGAUUUUCUAUGCCAGUAACCCAAAACACCCAUUUAAUGUCUACAAAUGUUCUGAAAAUGACAGCCUCUCCUUCUCCUUCUAAACCGUAUUGAAGUCUUUAAAGAUCAUACCAUUUCUAAAGUCAGGGAAGGGAGUAAGUUGGUUCUCUCAUAUGUCACUAUAAAACUUCUUAAUUAACGUCAUAUUGAAGAAAUAUGAUUUAGCUUUCCUUGGAAUUAUAUUCAAAUGCAGACAUUCUUUUUACGCAUGGAUGGCAUUUUCAAGGCUCAUUAACGACCUUGUUGCCAUUUUUUUUGUGGCUAGCUGCUACUCAUUAACAUUUCUGUCACUGUUAGGAACGGCUAUUUAAUUUCAUUUUGCUAAAUUUCACAUGUAGUGACGGGCUGCCGCUACAGAAAGCAAGUUGCUAAGCAAGUCUUGUUCCCAUCCUUUUGCUAAUUUUACUGGCCCUUUGCUAUAGGCCACACAGGGUGAAGUGCGCAUGCUGUAACUCAGCCCCCUUCAUGCAUCAGCCAUGAGACCACCAAGUGGAUUCUGUGCUGAGAGUGUGGCACAAAAGAGAGUUUAUAACCAGCUCAGGACAAAAGGAGGGGAACCAACCUGGUUUCGUUUAGAACAUAUCCAACGUUUUUGCAUCUGUAAUAAAUGGGACACCAGAGCACAAAAGCAAAGGGACUAGGAGAAAGUGUUGUGCAUGCUGUUUGUUGUGGUUCAGAUGUGUGGGCUGGCUGCCUGUGGUGUGUUUGUGGGGGCAAGGGGAGGGAGGGCUGCUUGUAGUAUUGUGGUUUUAUUUUAUUUUUUGGGGGGAUGCUGCUUGUGGCGAUGCAUGUGUGGGGGGGAUGCGGCUUGUGGUAUUGCGUGUUUGUGGGAUGCUGCUUGUGAUCUUGCAUGUCUGUGGUGCUAGAUAAGAAAUCAGAAUGUUGCCAUAUUAUCUCUCUGCAACACUCUGACCCACUACAAAAAGCAAUGUCCCUAGACGUCAUAGCGGCCCACUGAGCAAUUGCCCGAUGGCUUGUACAAUGUCAUCAGGGCCUCCCAUCAGCUGGCUGUGGCUUUCCCCUCUGCUAGGGAUUUCCAUUUAUGCAGAUGCCAGAGGGGUAGCUAUGGGUGGCACUCUACCUUGGUUUGUAGCAUUAUAUUUUAAUUCAUAUUCUUUAAUGAUUCAUUCUCUUUUUUUCUAAUAGCUACGUAAUAGCUUAUUUUCUAAUAGCUACGUACUGAAGACCUUGGUUUCACAUACAUUCUACUCCUUCACCUGUGUGGUAGACUUAAAGAUAUAUUUUAAAUACUCAUUUAUUUAAAAAAAAAAAAAAGCAUCUUAAUGCAUUAUUCAAUUUUUUUUAAAUAUAUUUUUUUUAUGGGUUUUGUAAUAAAGGUUUUUGUGCAACGUUUUUUCCUUUCUACUUUCCUUCCAUUGUUUUGCGUUAAUGUUUAAAAUGUAUGGCGAUCACUGUGGGAUAUGGCUAAUGGAAGUUGCUCAGAUCCUUUUUAAAUGAGAUAUCCCAUUGACUUUAACACACGUCUUUUGUACUAAAAUGUUCUUCUCUGCAGUUUCUUUCUGAUUGUAAAGGACAAUCCGCUGAAGGGUAGGUAGUUUCAAUUUUAAAUUUAAGAAAUAUGGACAAUGAUUCUUUUGACCACUAGCAGUUAUUUAAGCCAGUUUCAAGUUUUCUACCCAGCAAGCUACAUUAUGCUGAGAACGCUUCUUACAGUUCCUUCCUUGAAAUGUAACAAUGGGUCAUUCUUGUUUUGUGCUCUGUUUAGGUGACAAUGGAAUUGCAAAAGAAAGUUGUUGGGUUUUUUUUUGUUUUUUUUUCCUGGAUAUCAGAUAAAUACAAAGCAGAGAAAAUAUGUUUAUUACAGUAACUUAAAAUUUAAAGAUCUGGGUUGGGUAUUAGAAAGAUGGUUCUUUUAGGCAGAUUUUUGAAUGCAGGAGGGAGCAGGGCACUAGUACCAUGCAUAGAACAACAAAGCUUCACUCAGUGUAUGGUUUACUUUAAAGGGGUGAUGUCAGUCUGGCCACCCACCAAUUAUGGACGGACCCACCUGUGUGGCACAGGAACGUAAUGACAGUGAUAACCGGUCCACAGAACAAACUCAAUAGACCAUAUAACCAAUGUAGAACCUUGUGGCGAUUGCACAGAUCUGCCUCCAAGCCAAUAUGUUUGUGUUCUAUACCAACCAAAUGUGUGAAUGGUGUCUCCGGUACUUAAAAGAUGAGUUUUCAGACUUGGGUCCACAAUCUUUCAACAUCGUUUGUAUGGGUUCUUUCUUGUUACCUUUAUACAUUUUAGAGAUCAUGUUAACAUUAAGUCAAUUGUCAGGGAAAUUAUGUCUGAACGAGAGGUUACAGUGUGGAACUUAAGGGAUGUAGAAUCAAGGGAACUGUAAAAUACAUGUUUGUUUGUUUUUUAAAUUACAUUUUAAUUGAAUUUAUACCUGUGAGAGAAAAAGGUCAAUGUGUCAGGGCCUGUACUGUGUAAAAAUGUUGACAUUCCUGGAAUACAUUACUGUUCUUAAAUAUUCCUAGAAUAUGUUACUGACAAAAUCAUGAUCAAAACACAUUUCUAGCCUUGAUUGCUUCAGUAUUUGUGUUCUCUGUGGUUCCAUUGCUAGCUUAGAGAUUUGUAUUUUAUUUUUCAUAAACUGCUUUCUGUGCAAAAACAGACCUGUAACCAAAAAUUGGGGAAAAAACCCCAAAACAAACCACACCAGUUUUAAAAGAAACAUUCCUUAGGGAACUGUAGAAGAACAGCAUGUUUACUACCUGCCCAUCUCUGGAUUAGGAUCAUGCACCAUCCCUAAUGGGGAGGAAAAAAAAAAUUGUAGGCUCUGCUGUUUUACAUCAAUAACGUACUCUACAUUUUCUCAAACUCCUGCUACUGGAUGCUCCCAAAGCUCUCUUAACGAUUGAACGGUGUGCUGCCUCACAAAGAGCUGUAAAAUAUGUAACUUACAACAUCAUUUAUGUUACUUUGUGAUGGUAUGACCCCAAUAACAGCUCUCUGCCGCUGUUGUCCUCGUUCGUAGCAUCAGGCCAGAUAAAUAUAUCUGUAAGCAGUAGAUCCUGUAAAAUCAGAUUAUAAAAAGAGACCACUCAUGAUGGUAAAAAGGUGGCGGCUAUGCUAUAGUUCUACAUUACACACUAAAACUUUUUUCAUUUUCAAACUUUUUUUUUUUUUCUGUUACUUGACUUCUAUUUUGUCAUACAAGUAGAAAAAAGUGUUUGUAAUUUGUAAGGGUAUGGUUUUCCAUUCUGGGUUUUUACUGAUGAAAUAAUGGAAAAUGUCACUCCUGUACAUUGAUCAUUUUUGGAUAUAAAUGUAGGCAUGAAAUCCUGCAAUAAUACCGUAUAUACUCGAGGACAAGACAAGUUUUUCAGCACAUUUUUUUUUGUACUGAAAAAGCCAUACUCGUCUAAUACUCGAGUCAGUGUCUGUAUUAUGGCAACUUACAUUGUUACCUGUUGGGGGGUGGGUAACAGCUUGCUCCCAGCCCCCCUCCUGCACAGCCCAUCCACUGGACCACCAGGGAAUAAUAUAGAAAAAAUUAAAUAAUAUAAUAAAAUAAGAGAUAUUUAAUAAUAUUAAAAAAAGAAAAUUUUAUAUUAAAAAAAAAAUGAUAAAAAUGCCCUCCCUCCACCAAGGUAACACACACACACUCUGCAUUCAUUAUAUACACACACUGUAAAUAUUCAAUUAAUAUAAUUUUGGGAGGAUCUAAUUUUAUUUAGAAAUUUACCAGUAGCUGCUGCAUUUUCCACCCUAGGCUUAUACUCGAGUCAAUACGUUUUCCCAGUUUUUUGGGGUAAAAUUAGGGGCCUCAACUUAAAUUUGGGUCAACUUAUACUCGAGUAUAUACGGGAAUUGAAAGCCCUAGAGAAGAAUGAACAUGUAACCUGGAGUAAUUACAAUUUCUCCUAAGAGUUCUUAAAUGCAUCCUGUUAGUGUUUUCUUAUGGAGAACAUACACCACCAGAUAGAUGCUUGAGCCUGGAUGGGAGUCAAUAGAAGAACAAUGACUGAAGAGUUUAUUUGCUGUGGAAUUCUAUAAAUAUUAUCAUUGCUGUCUAUAUGUCCUUAAUAUGAGUGGGAGACCUACUCUUUUACUCAUACAGGGAAGAGAGCAUGAAAUAUGAAUGUGUCGACAUGUCACUUCUUUCUCUCACAGUGGUAUCUAUGAUUGUGGGUUCUUAUUUCAGUUCACAUAGCUUUUGAUCAACUCAAUGUUGUCAGGUAGCAGACUGAAAGUCUGCCCACCAGAUGGCACAGAGACGACUGGCAGUUUUGCAGAAUCAUUAAUUCAAUCCAGGUGGAUAAAAAGUUGAAUCUGGCUGAUUUGACACCUGUAUCUGUUUUCAAACAUAACCCGGAGAUUCCCUUAUCUCCCAACAAUGAUUUUUUUUCUGCUUUUUCCUUUUCUGCUUUUGUGCAAUUCUUUUCAGAGAAAUCCAAAUUAAACUAUAACGAUUAUUAUCUACAAUACUAUAUUAGACUGGUUUCAUAUCAUGAGCACUAUAGCUUUAAUUUGCAUGAUGGCGAAAUUAGUCUUGGCAAUAUGAUAGAAAUGAAUGAAAUUAUGGUAAUCGCUGAGCCAGAAAAUUGUUUCAUUAUUAUUUCUUCUUUUUCGAUUUUCUGUAACAUUGAGGAGAUACAUAAUCAUCUGUUUAGCAAAAUAUAAAUUGUGUAUUGAAACUCUUCACUUUCUAUAGCUGAUAACUGCCUACACAAGCUUUUCAUGGGCCAAAAUAAAUGUCCUGUGAACCCCCACUCUACUCACUCCCUGGCCAUUGACAAUUGCCUCUCCACUACAGCGGACAUCCAUAGGAGACCACAAACAUACAAUAUGGUGACUUCAUCAACAUGCUCCAUUGGCCUCUCUAAAUCACCAUCAUUUACUUUGUGUCAGAAAACAGCAUGUGUCUGCACUUUCAUGCAGAAAACCUCAGUCUAGUGGCCACAACAUCCAUAAAAACUGACCUGACCAUGCAUCUUUAGAAUCUUAGAGACAUUGUGUGCAGGCCUGGUGACCAUGCACAAGGAAAUUUCGAAUUUUGACACCUGGGCCCAGACAUUGGUAGCUGACUCUCAAAUCUGUUCCCAUUAUCAUCAGGCUGUAGAGCUGCCUGCUAUUCAGGUAUUUUUAGUGUAGGACUCAUUUAAGAAGUUUACCUUUUAUUUAGCAGGUGAGCUUUCAGCAAGGAAACUUUUUACUUGACCUGAAAUAAAGUAUUAGAUAAUAUUGACAAUUGGGGUCAGAGGUAUAAUGUACAUAUAAGAGGUCUCUGUGAAAAUGACCUGGUGGAACCACUUUAUAGACUAAUGGAGCUGUUCACCAUGAUACUAGGCCCUGAUGUGCCAACUUCAAUUACUUUUGCUAGAACAACCAUACACUUGGCCCAAUUAAGACCAAAAAUAUGAUAUAGGAGUGUGGUAUAGCACAAUGCCAAAAGGCAAAAUAGUUUAACCUAGUGCAGCUAUUGUGUAUAGGCUACUCUAGCCCCAACAUCAUGCAAAAUAUAGCAAUCCAAAGUAUUAAUCCAAAAAAGAGCAACUUGGUUAUGGAGGGACAAAUUUAUUCAAAGAGCGUGCAAAGAACAGAUGUUUCACAACCCAUGUCCCUUUAUCAAUGAUGCAUGCCCUCAACCCAUGCAACACUCACCAGAAUAUAUAUGGGAAACUACCCUCCACCAACAGGACACCACUUGCUGCUGCUGUCACCAUUGCUCUCUGCCAAGAUCUCACGAGGUCUGGUGAUGUCAUAUGGGAAUCAGCAUGACUGACUCUCCAUGACUGGAGCAAGAGAACCUCAAGAGACACAAUUAUCUGCCUUUACUACUAUAUAUAUAUUUAUUUCAAAUCAUAUUCUAUCAUAGAAAGCCAAUGGAAUUUGGUGUUCCAGAUUCUAAACUUACCAUCUGUGGAUGCCUUAAAUUGGCUCCUCCAUUCUCUGCAUGAGGACUUCCAGCAUCAGAUUUUCCCCAUAGGAAAGCAUUGAAUAAUGUUAUCCUAUGGGGAGAACCUAAUGCGAGCACGGCCAUUGCCACGCAUGCGCAUUAGGUCUCCCUCGUCGGCGGAGAAGCAUGGGCUGAGACCAAGAGACAUAGGUGCUGGACCCAUGCAAGUGACUGAAGGGGGUUAUUUCCUGGCACUAUAGUUUCCCUUUAAAAAACUGGAGGAUUUUAGUAUAAUUACAAUGAUAGAGUGUAAGCUCACCUGCUACAUAAAGACAAACCUCUUGAGUGAGUCCUACACUAAAAAUUCACCUUGCAGAGGACGAUGUGCACUUUGGCCCAUUAAGCUACCUUGAGUGCUGAGGUAUAGGAAUCUAAUUAGACUGCUCUCAAAAUGGUACUGCGCACACAAGUCAUGCAUAUAAUUAAUAAUGCUACCUCCAUGUCGGACUUGGGGAGGGCAAGUUGGCACAGUGCUACACUUUUUGGUAGCAUUAUCCAAGCUUACUUGUGCCUCACAUAUCCCAUCUGACUCAGAUUCUGGAUAACCCUCCUCCAUUUAUUCAAGUGGUAAUGUUUUCCAACUUUACCACUUUCAAAACGCAAAAAAUGUCUGAAGAGAAACUUGAUUAAAGUUGCUAUAAUGCAAAUUUCUAUGGCAGCGGCAAGUUGCCAUAAGUCUCACUCAAUGGAUGGAUAAGGUGGACUGCAUCAUUCCGAAAUGCCUACGAGUUAUUGUGCCCAUGCCUGCUGUAUCUUACAAUUAGACGUUUGGAUGUGUAGCAGCCCUCAUUCUUGGUUGAGUUUCACGAGGCCCUUGUGUAUUUCAGAUGGUUUUGUUCUCCCUCCCCCACACUUUUUUUCGCUCUCUUCCAAAUUAUUUUUCAUCCUCUUGUUUCCUCCUCCCCUCACCCCCCCCCCUCUGGUUUAUUUUGUGGUAGUUUGUCCUUGAACUGGGACAAUCACUCUGUUUUCUAAACCUAUUUAACCUGUAUCUAUAUCUUUUGUAUCAUGAAAUGUCAUAGUCUCUUCCCAAUUAAACCUUCUGACUAUUGAAAAAAAAAUUAACUUAAUGGAGGGAUAUACAAAAAUUACUGAAUCAAAGUCAGACUGAUCUUUUAUACUUAACAUGGUUACAUAUCAUAUACUGACAAGUUGGUUAUCUUUCACUUUAUUUGCAAAUGCAUUUCUACAAAUUCAGAGCUCCUGGGAGUUAGACUGAAUUACAACCCAAAUUGUACUUUUCAGAAUAAUUUUCCAAUAUCUCAUGCUAAGGAGGUCACAAUUAGUGAUGUACCGAACGGCUUGGCGAACAUAGCGUGUUCGCGUCCGCCGCGGACGGCGAACGCAUGCGCGGUUCGAUCCGCCCCCUAUUCGUCAUCAUUGAGUAAACUUUGACCCUGUACUUCAGUCAGCAGACACAUUCCAGCCAAUUAGCAGCACACCCUCCCUAGCAGACCCUCUCCCACCUACUGGAAGGCAUCCAUUUUACAUUCAUUCUCAAGCUGCAUGCUUAGUGAGAGGAGGGAAAGUGUAGCUGCUGUUGAUUAGAUAGGGUUAGGCAUAGCUAGGUUAGGGUUAGAGUAUGCUUUUUUUUCUUCUGUGUAAUGUAAUUGCAGUUAGUUGUCUGCCACUGCUGCCAGCUUCUGUGUCAGGCUCACAGUGGAUACUGUGCCCAUUUCCCCAGUCAGUGCCACCACUUAUAUCUGGUGUCACAAUAGCUUGCAUUUAAAAACAAAAAACUUUUUUCACUCUUAUAGAUUGAAUAGCAGUUAGUGUCUUCAAGCGGGUGUGUCAGCCCUACAGCGUGUACUCUGCCAGUUUACAGUGCCACUCAUAUCUGGUGUCAUAAUAGCUUGCAUUUAAAAACAAAAAACUUUUUUCACUGUUAUAGAUUGAAUAGCAGUUAGUUGUCUGCCAGUAGGUGUGUCAGGCUCACAGUGGAUACUGUGCCCAGUGCCACCACUCACUCACUGGUACCCGGACAAAAUUUAUUUUCACAAAAGGCAAUCCCCAACCUGUACUCGAUUGUGCAAAAGGAAAUAAUGGCAUGUCUGGCACACAGUGUUGGGGCAAGGGUCCAUCUGACCACUGAUACCUGGUCUGUAAAGCAUGGUCAGGGCAGGUAUAUCACCUACACUGCGCAUUGGGCAAACCUGCUGACGGCUGCCAAGCAUGGAAUGCGUGGCUCUGCAGAGGAGUUGGUGACACCGCCACGACUUGCAGGCAGGCCUGCUGCCACCUCCUCUACUCCUCCUACUCCAUCCUCUUCCAUAACCUCCUCGGCUGAGUCCUCUUCUGCUGCUGCGUCUUGCUCCACAUCAACGGAUAGGGGACGUAACAGGGAUUAAACUGAUAAAAAUAGUACUAAACAUACCACUCCUAUCUGGUGGCACAUUAGAUUGCACGCGCAGUGCCCCAAAUUUGUUGUGAUCUGUGAGUAAGGUAAAUGGUUGUCCAUACAAGUAAGGUUGCAGCUUUUUGAGGGCCCACACCACCGCAAUGCACUCCUUUUCAAUGGCAGUGUAUCUACUUCCCUGGGCAAAAGUUUACAGCUUAGAUAAGCCCCGGGUUGCUCGCCACCAUCUGCUCCGACUUGGCUCAGUACUGCUCCCAAUCCAAACAUAGAAGCGUCUGUAUGGAUGAGAAAGUAUUUAGUUGGAUCAGGAGCAGAAAGUACAGGUGAUUUAAUGAGCGCCGUCUUGAGCUGUUGGAAGGCCUGUUCACACUCUGGGGCCCAUACUACUAUCUUGGGGAGGUUUUUACGCGUUCCUAUAUGGCACUUACUGGGCUUUAGGGUCAGUCCGGACUCCCUAAUCCGGUCUAGUACGGCUCCUAUGUGGGUCAGGUGUUCGGGCCAGGAGCAGCUAAAAAUGGCUAUAUCAUCCAAGUAGGCGCACGCAUACUCCUGAAACCCUAUAUGCAUACCAGUCAAAGGUUACCUCCUUUUACUGAGGAGUGUGUAUAAAAGAGUGGUCUAGACAAUAGAGGUGAUUUACAGGCAGCUCAAUACACUUGUGUAACAAAAAGACUUAUACCAAUAAGUGGAGCGCUCCAACACAUAUACAGCUUACCAAAUGAUAUUCCACUCAAUGGUCCUGAGCCUGUGGGUCCCGGCUCUAGGUAUAUAAGUAUUGUGUUUAUAUACCUAGAGCCGGGACCCACAGGCUCAGGACCAGGUGAGCACACCAUUUACUUACAUAAUAUACACACUCCUCUGUAAAAGGAGGUAACCUUUGACUGGUAUUCAUAUAUUGUUUAUAUCCUCAUGUGUAUAUAGAGUAAUUAUGUCACUUUUUGAACAAAGGAAAAAACAAUGUACUAAUAUAGAUGAAUUAUUCGGUGGAGAAGAACUUGUCUUCCACCAAAUUGACAGAAUGGAAGAGAAAUCCAUAUUUGAUUGUCAAAGAAUACUUGAAAGAACAUUAAGUAAGGAAACCAGAAUUAAAUGGGAAAUUGCAACACUAGAAAAAUACAUUCGAGAAAAAAUUACCCCAAGAGGCCUCAGAUUCUUUAAAUUCCCUUCAUUUGAUCAGGAGGAUAAAGCAUUUAUGGACGAUUGGGCUACUAUGUUAGACUCUUUCUCUUUCACUAUGAUGCAAAAAAUCAUAGCAAGAAGGAAACUCACUUUAGAUAAAUUAGACACCGAAAUAAAUAAAGAACAAAAUUUUCUCAUAAAUCAUACAAAUGCAGAAGAAUACAAGAGAAUUACAGAUAAAAUUCAACACGUUACAGACAAAGUUGAACAGGAAACAAUACAAAUAAAAAAGAGAAAAUAUACACGUGAUAAAAACGAUUAUAGACGCGAUGAAGUGAGAACAUUUGGCAGGAACAACAAAUUGAAUAAUCAACAUACACAUUAUAACACAUAUGAUCAACAGAAACAUCACUCUUAUCAUCCACGUCCUACCCACACACAUUACAAUCAGAGAGAAAGCCCACCAAGGAAUUAUUACAAAGGCAAGACUGAGAGAAUAGAAUCCAAGCCUUCCAAAAAAAAACAUCUCAGGUCCAAUAUAUCGAACAUGAGAACCCCCAUUCAGACAGAAAAAAAGAGCCAAAUCAGAUGAAUUCCUUACAGCCCAAAGUAAGUUUAGAUACAAUUCCAGAAGAAUAUCAGAUAUUCACACCCAUAACCGAUUUGACCCCCUAACUAAAACCUCAGAAGAGGAUUUUUGGAGUUUGAGGAACAAGGACAAACACAAAUUCCUCUCACGCCAAAAAUCACCAAACAAACGACAAAGGAGUACGGAAGAAGGGGAAUUAGAGGAGGAGUGGACACACAGAGAAGGAAAGAGAGACAAAUGCAACCCAUAAGAACACAAAAGGAAAUUGAAAAAGAAGCAGGUAUUUUCAACCUCACCUCCACACAACUAGAUCAAACUCACAUUAAAUUACUACAAAAAGGUUUAAAAUUUGCACCCACAAGGAAUUUAAAUAAAUUUGACACUUAUGUUGAUUUGAAUAAAUUUAAACGCACUCUAUGUCUUAAAAAGUUUUUUCAAAAACACCCCGUAUCAAAUAAUCCAAUUACGACAAAAUACACACACACCACAUUAAAAGAAAAAUCCACUUUUUACCCCAAACAUCUAAUUUCAGGAGAAAUGGCCACCUAUGAGAAAAUGGUAAUGGCCGAUAUCAACAAAUUGAAAAAAGCUAACCAUUAUCAACAAAAUCUCAGAAGAGAUGAAUAUAAGGUUCUGAAAAAACUACAGAAGGACCAUGAAAUUGUAAUCAAACCGGCAGAUAAGGGAGGGGGAAUAGUCAUCCUAGAUAUUAACGACCAUCACACAGAGUGCAUGAGAUUAUUAACGGAUCAAACAACGUACACAAGGUUAAAGGGUGACCCAACAGGCGAAAUUAAAAACAAAUUUUCCGACCUCAUCGAGAGGGGCCUACAGAAGGAGAUUUUAAACAAAAAAGAAUUUGAUUACUUGAAUAUAACCCAUCCAAAGAUUCCGGUGUUCUAUUAUCUCCCUAAGGUCCACAAAAAUCCCGAAGUUCCACCCGGAAGACCUAUAGUUUCAGGUAUCAACUCAAUAUCAUGUAGUCUCUCGGAAUAUGUGGACAAGUGUCUCCAACCCAUAGUGCAAAGCAUCCCGAGUUACCUAAAAGAUACAGGAAGCAUCCUUAGACAUCUACAAACCAUCAAAUGGGAACAUGACUAUUUCCUAGUAACUGCAGAUGUCAGCUCACUAUACACGAUUAUUUCACACCAGAAAGGAUGCACAGCAGCCAAAUUUUUCUUAGAACAAUCCCACUCAUUUGAAUCCGACCAAAUUGAUUUUAUUAUGGAAGCAAUAUCACUGAUUUUAACCAGCAAUUACUUCUGGUACGACGACACUUUUUAUCUACAGGCAUGUGGCACGGCGAUGGGCACUAGGUUCGCACCCAGCUACGCCAAUCUGUUCAUGGCGGAUUGGGAACGCCAACACCUACAACUUAAUGAAGGCUGGGUGGAGGGCCUGGUGACCUAUCGCCGUUACAUUGAUGACCUGUUUUCUAUUUGGAAAGGCACUGAAGCCACGCUCCACACUCUUUUAAAAUCAACUCAAUAAUAAUCAGUGGGGUAUCAUUUUAUCAACUAAUUUUAGUAAACAUAAAGUGACAUUUUUAGAUUUGGAUAUUUUUAUAGAUAAUGAAAGGAUCAAAACUAAAACUCAUUUUAAAGAUGUGGAUGUAAACAGCUUCAUCCACACCUCUAGUUGUCAUUUUUCCCCAUGGCUUAACAGCAUACCCAAGUCACAACUCAUACGGAUUAGAAGAAACUGCACAGAUGAAGUCACCUUUAAAGAACAAGCGGAUAAAUUAAUUUCAGACCUGUUGGAGAAGGGUUAUGAAAAAGAUAAAUUAAAAGACACCUUAACACAAAUUACAAAAAUCCCACAAAGCACUUUAUUAACACAAAAAAACAGAAUAGAAAAUGAAGAACAAAUACAUUUACCCAUAAUAUGUAACUAUAGUCACAAUAACAGCGCACUUAAAAAAAUUCUAAACCAACAUUGGCCUAACCUAUUACAGGACGAUGCCUUAACACCAAUUCUACCAGCCAAACCGAAAAUAGUUUUUAGGGGAGCCGCAAAUCUAAAUAGACUCCUAGUAAGAAACCAUUUAAAAAAAAAAAAAAAUCACUACUUUCUUAGACAAAGAGAAAGGCUUCUAUGGAUGUGGCACAUGCCUAGCAUGCCGGAAUACCAAUAAUAAAAAAAGACACAUCACAAAAUUUAAAAAUUUCAACAAUAAGGAGGAAUUCCACAUCUUAUAACCUGCCACUCAAACUUAUAACCUGCCACUCAAAUAAUAUAAUAUAUUUAUUGGAAUGUCCAUGCGGUCUGAAAUAUGUAGGCCGCACUAAACGUAAGUUACACCUUAGGAUAGAAGAACACACCAGAAAUAUUAAGAAAAAAUUUGAGGGACACAGUGUAUCACAUCAUUUUUCCCUAGCACAUGAUAGUGACCCAACACUUCUAAAAUUCAUGGGUAUACAUAGGGUAAAAGGAAACUGGCGAGGAGGGGACUUUUUGAAAUUAUUAGGACAAAGUGAGAUGAAGUGGAUAUUCAACCUUGGGACUUUAAAACCCCAAGGUCUGAAUAUAGACUUCGAGCUUUGUCACUUUAUCUGAAAUAUACACCUAUGAGUUUUACUAUUAUUCAUAUGUGAAUAUUCAUAUCUUUUAUCUUCACAAUAUGUAUAAAACCCUUAUCUACCAAAUAAUAUUUAUUAUUACUUGCAUUUAAUGGAGCUAUUUUUAUUUUUUUAUAAUCAAUUUUUUUCUUCUUCUUUUUUUGAUUCCCUUAUGAAUACCACUCAAAUCAUAUAAAUGUACAUAACUAUCACAAUAAGAAUAUAUAUAUUAUGUACUUGUCACUUUUAAGCACAUUGCACUUUUAAAAUAAGUAUCACAAAUCACUCUGGUUUUAUAAUAUAUAAUCAAGGAUACCACUUAUGGUACCACAAUAAUAAUUUCUCUUUCUGUUGAUCAGCAUUUUUUUUAUGUACCCUGCCACUAUGGUGUGUAAGUAUUUAUUUUUAGUGAUCCCUCUUAGUCUGAGUUCCGUGUGUGUUCAGCACACACGGCAUCUAACAGUUGAAGGGCAGAGGGAGGAGUCCGUGACCACCUCCUUCCCCUGGAUAAAAAUCACAAUUUUUUUUUAUAUACUCCCCAUGAAAACAUGCUUGCAUGUAAUUAUUCAUUUUUUUAAUUGAGGUAUUUCGAAAAACAGCUAGGAGAAGCUGGUGAUCUCUUGUCUGAUGCCUUUGCAAGCAUCUCCUUUCUAGCCCCACCCAGACUUUCUGUGGCUGUCCAAUCAUAGACUUUCCAAUGCAGCUCAAUAAGAAAUAUUUGCAAGGAUGGUUCUCUGGACAAUUGCUGCCUCUUGAGGUUAAUUCACCUGAGUUAAACAGACCAGAAAGUAACAGGGUCGGUUGACUGCCAGGGGAUGUAAGAAGGUUAAUUUUAUAAAAAGUGACAAUUUCUAUGGAAAUCUGCAUUCUUUUUUAAAAUUAAAAGCGAGAACACCCAAUUCACAUAUAAAGUACUUCAGCAAGUGUUUGCUUCAUGGAUCUGUGGUGCACCUUUAACAUGUUAUAAAUUAUGUGUUAAAAAGUAUAGAUCUUUUAAAAUUGAAAAAAUAAAAUAAAAGAGCAAAGCCUAUAACAAAAAAAAAAUUCUUCUAACCUAUUGCUCUCUCAGCCUUACAUUCACCAUGAAAAAUAUUAGACACUACAGCAAAUCAUUAAUAUGAUUUUAGGGUAAAUUUGGAGGUACUACAUAUGUGCAAGGAUCUCCCAUGACUUUCUCUUGUAAAACAUUGAAAAUCUGAAAUACACCUGUUAAGAUGCUACCACCUCUGGCAAACUAAGAUGAUGUUAGAGCGACAUGGAAAGAACAUGCUUGUAGCUAUUCUGUUCACAUUAUACAUUUUCCAUGUUGCUUGGCUAUGUUGUGUAUGAGCUGAGAUGCGGCACACAUAUUUGCUUCAAUCACUAACAUAUGUUGUAUGACCUUGCCACAGGGAUGCAACACCUCAUUGUUUAAUAAGUAUGGAUUUUAUGGAAACAUGAAUUCAUAAUUGGAUGACUAAUGUUUACAUGUUACACUUGGUAGCACGAAAUUAUUGAUUUAUGUAUCACAAGGAAAUUCCGUAGCGCAAAGUAUAGUUAAUAAAGUUUAUGGUUGUUAAAAAUCUCAUUUGAAUGUUUAUAUUUUACACUUUAUUUUUUAUUGAAUUGUAGUUAAAAUUACUUUUCACCAUGAUUUUGAUUUAACCCUAACUGUUGUUGUUCUGCAGUAUGAAGCACAGCUACUUGGGAAGAAGGACAAAGAAAGCCGAGGAAAAGGAAUAGACUGUGCCGCUCUUACCAGCAUGGUACAACUGGCUCAAAUUAUCGUGGGUGUCGGCCUUGGAGUACUUGUCAGUCUUGCCGGGAGCGUUGUUGUGGUUGUAAUUUCUGCAUCAACUGUUUCAUUAGUUGGAUGUUGUUUUGUAGCAAUUUUUGUCCGAUAUGUACAGUAAAAAAAUGUUAAUUUCAGACUAUUCUGCUUUAUUUUUGUGUGUGUGUAUAAAAAUUAGAAACGAGUGUAUGCAUUUGUGCCCCUAGUCUUCCAAGUCCAGGUAUUCCAGUAAAUUCAUAAAGCUUGACUGCUUCCACAAUACUGGAUUCCAGAUAUAAACUGCUUCUUUCCAUAAAGGGAAUAAAAAGGUGCGAUCAAAGCCAGUCUGGCGUUCACGGUCAAUAAUCCAGGUUAGCUAACAAACCACUAAUUCACUCCCUACAUCGCAGCAAUGCUUAGUUCUACAUAUAAGAUCUGCUAGAUCAGAAAAACUAUGGGCUAACAUCUGUGUGUUUGUGUUGGCAUGUGCGUUUAUGUAUGUGUGUACAUAUAUUUCCUUUUCAAAAUGGUUUCUGUCAAAUAUUACAUUGCAAACAUACCUAUAUAUUUGUUCAUGAUUAGAAUGUGAAUUAAAACUAUAAAAAACACUGAGUUCCAC